AUGAUCCUCAGGGUAAUGGUCGCCGUGGUAAUGGAGAACAAGCGCUUUUUUGUGGAGGUCGCAGAGCUGGCAUUCUCACAUGGGGAUUCCCUGGAGGCAUGCUCCAACUAUGCUUCCUGUGUGUGUGUGUUGUGUGUGUGUGUGUGUGUGUGUGUGUGUGUGUGUGUGUGUGUGUGUGUGUGUGUGUGUGUGUGUGCGUGUGUGUGUGUCACUUAUGUCAAUGGGGCUGCUGUCUUCUUCUCCUUCCUGGAAUUAAACGUUUUCUGCUCUUUCCAUAUUCCUGUAUCUCCCAGUUGGUGUGUCUAGAAAUGACCUUUCCUACAUUCAAUUGGAGGGCUGGGUAUUUCCUUUGUUCUGAGGCCAGUUCUCUGUGAUCUGAAAGCUCAAUUAAAAGUCUUAGCCUAGUAAUAACGGCAUAUUACUGAGGCCCACCAGUUUCACUUGCAGUCCUUUCAGCUCAUAAGACAUUGAGACGUUUUGAAUGUUAGCUGAAAGGAACCUACUAUAAGUGACUAGGGUCUCUUAGAUCAAAAGGAAGCUCCUGAAGAGUCUCAAGAGGUGUUGUUUUGAUCUAGUCUAGAUGAAAGAUAUACAUAUAAGAUUGUGUAUUUACUAAAUUCAGGUCAGGUCAAGGGUUGUGGGAAAUGGGGAGUCUGUGUUCACAGUAAACACACAGACUAAAGCACUUACUGGGGUCAGGGGGAAGGACACUGGAACUGUGGAUGCAUAUGUGUGUGUGUUGUGUGUGUUUGUGUGUGUUUGCGUGCGUGUGUAUACACACACACAUAAACGGCCAGUAGUAAAGCCCAUCUGCUAGAGAUAGACUUCUCCUGUCUUUCCACUGAACUGUAUAAGACACACAGAAAUCUGGAAAAGUACUUAUCUCGCUAACAUUAUAGCCAAAGCCAGUGAUGGUGUUUGGAGUGUCCGGGGCCAGAUUGAUAGCUGAGUUGAAAAAGCAAUGUGACGUAAAGUCCCAUAAAGAGAUGAGAAAGUGACUAUAUAUAGUUGAAGUCGGAAGUUUACAUACACCUUAACCAAAUUCAUUUAAACUCAGUUUUUCACAAUUCCUGACAUUUAAUCCUAGUAAAAAUUCCCUGUUUUAGGUCAGUUAGGAUCACCACUUUAUUUUAAGAAUGUGAAAUGUCAAAAUAAUAGUAGAGAGAAUGAUUUAUUUCAGCUUUUAUUUCUUUCAUCACAUUCCCAGUGGGUCAGAAGUUUACAUACACUCAAUUAGUAUUUGGUAGCAUUGCCUUUCAAUUGUUUAACUUGGGUCAAACGUUUCGGGUAGCCUUCCACAAGCUUCCCACAAUAAGUUGGGUGAAUUUUGGCCCAUUCCUCCUGACAGAGCCGAAGUAACUGAGUCAGGUUUGUAGGCCUCCUUGCUUGCACACGCUUUUUCAGUUCUGCCCACACAUUUUCUAUAGGAUUGAGGUCAGGGCUUUGUGAUGGCCACUCCAGUACCUGACUUUGUUGUUCUUACGCCAUUUUGCCACAACUUUGGAAGUAUGCUUGGGGUCAUUGUCCAUUUGGAAGACCCAUUUGCGACCAAGCUUUAACUUCCUGACUGAUGUCUUGAGAUGUUGCUUCAAUAUAUCCACAUAAUUUUCCUUCCUCAUGAUGGCAUCUAUUUUGUGAAGUGCACCAGUCCCUCCUGCAGCAAAGCACCCCCACAGCAUGAUACUGCCACCCCCGUGCUUCACGGUUGGGAUGGUGUUCUUCGGCUUGCAAGCACCCCCUUUUUUCCUCCAAACAUAACAAUGGUCAUUAUGGCCAAACAGUUAUAUUUUUGUUUCAUCAGACCAGAGGUCAUUUCUCCAAAAGUACGAUCUUUGUCCCCAUGUGCAGUUGCAAACCGUAGUCUGGCUUUUUUUAUGGCGGUUUUGGAGCAGUGGCUUCUUCCUUGCUGAGCGGCCUUUCAGGUUAUGUCGAUAUAGGAAUCGUUUUACUGUGGAUAUAGAUACUUUUGUACCGGUUUCCUCCAGCAUCUUCACAAGGUCCUUUGCUGUUGUUCUGGGAUUGAUUUGCACUUUUCGCACCAAAGUACGUUAAUCUCUAGGAGACAGAACGCGUCUCUUUCCUGAGCGGUUUGACGGCUGGGUGUUCCCAUGGUGUUUAUACUUGCGUACUAUUGUUUGUACAGAUGAACGUGGUACCUUCAGGCGUUUGGAAAUUGCUCCCAAGGAUGAACCAGACUUGUGGAGGUCUACACAUUUUUUUCUGAGGUUUUGGCUGAUUUCUUUUGAUUUUCCCAUGAUGUCAAGCAAAGAGGCACUGCGUUUGAAGGUAGGCCUUGAAAUACAUCCACAGGUACACCUCCAAUUGACUCAAAUGAUGUCAAUUAGCCUAUCAGAAGCUUCUAAAGCCAUGACAUCAUUUUCUGGAAUUUUCCAAGCUGUUUAAAGUCACAGUCAACUUAGUGUAUGUAAACUUCUGACCCACUGGAAUUGUGAUACAGUGAAUUAUAAGUGAAAUAAUCUGUCUGUAAACAAUUGUUGGAAAAAUUACUUGUGUCGUGGACAAAGUAGAUGUCCUAACCGACUUGCCAAAACUAUAGUUUGUUAACAAGAAAUGUGUGGAGUGGUUGAAAAACAAGUUUUAAUGACUCCAACCUAAGUGUAUGUAAACUUCCGACUUCAACUGUAUGGGCGAAUGUAGCGGGCAGGCGGCUACGCCCCAACCAGAGCUAACCCCUUCUUCUUCCUUUGUUCCUCUGUGUUUCUUCUUCUCUCUUUCUGUUUCUUUCCCUCCCAGGCUGUUCCUCUCUAAAGGAGCUGAGCCAGAACUCAAUCUCUCUCUCUCUCUCCCCCUUCUCUCUCUAUCUUUCCCCUCUCUCUCUCUCCCCCUCUCUCUCUCUCUCUCUCUCCCCCUUCUCUCUAUAUCUCCCCUCUCUCUCUCUCUCUCUCUCUCUCUCUCUCUCUCUCUCUCUCUCUCUCUCUCUCUCGCUCUCUCUCUCUCUCUCUCUCUCUCUCUCUCUGUCACUCUGUAACACGAUCUGUGUCGCAAUGGAACUGUAUCUUCUGGUUCUGUGGUUCCACUGCUGCCCAGCCUGUUGCACAUGACAGGAAGCUGCUGCUCUCCUCUGAGCUGCUAGAAGUAAUGAAUUGAGCAGGCAGCAGGGCCUACCUAGCUGAUUGUGAGGCCCAGCGACUAUGUUGUUUACCAUGUAUAUGAAUACACAUGCGUGUGCGUGUGUGUGUGUGUGAGACAGAACAAUGACUGGGGGAGGGGAGGAGUGAGAAAGAGAGGGAGAAUCACUGUGCACCAGCUGAAAGGGAAGUAGUUGAUCUAAAGUAGAGCAUGUCCUCUCCCCUCACUCCCUAACACCCUGGAAAGCUGUACAAAGACCCUCUGCCUUUAAUGGAAUUAUGGAGGAGUGCCAGGUGGGACACACUUACAGCUGUGCACUGAACUGUGGCAGGGUGUGUGAGCGAGAGUCCUAGAGAGGGACCUGGUGGUUCUCUAACAUGUUGGCUGACUGAGUCUCUCUCUCCCUUGAGUCUUUUUCCUAUGUCCUUGGCCACUGGUCAGUGGUCACUGCAGAACAGUCUCCUCUAACAUGGAUAGAGCUCUACUACAAUAUGGGCUGCAUGAAUCUGCCCUUAGGCCCAAGAGUCUAUUACCAUAACAUAGAGAAGAUUACAUUGUAUUCAAGCAAGGCUUAUCCUAUGUCCUAUACAGUGGAGGCUGCUGAGUGGAGGACGGCUUAUAAUAAUGGCUGGAACGGGGAAAUUGGAAUGGCAUCAAACACUUAGAAACCAUGUGUUUGAUGUAUUUGAUACCAUUCCACUCAUUCCGCUCCGAGCCCGUCCUCCCCAAUUCAGUUGCCACCAGCCUCCUGUGUUCCUAUAUUAGCCUACCAUUUUCAGUGAAUUCUUACUGUUGCUUCUGCUGAGCCUUGCACUAUUGUUAGAAUGAAUAAUGAUUGACUUUUCCUAGUUUCUUCUCCUUGGCUGACUUGCUUUGUCCUGGACUGACUCACAUGAUUUAGCCUAGGCCUAACGUAUGCAUGUUUUUGAGGUGGGGUUUAUUUAUCUGAAAAUGUCUUUGAGUAUAGGAUAUGAAAUCAUUCACUUCUCUAUGAAACUCUCAACAGGAUGUAGUGACAUCACAGCAGAGAUGUGGUGGAGCGGCCAUCUUUGUUUUGUGGUUGUGUUGCCUUGGUAACAUGUCUGACUGAGCCACUCUCCAAUGGCUGAUGAAGUUAGAACUCCUGCUAUAACUUGUGACCUGCUAUGCUAAUUUUCACUCACUGCAGCAAGCAAACCCCCUCUGAACUCCCGGGGUCAAAAGAGAAACAGUAGCCAGGAACUAAGACCCUAAGGUCAAAGGUUAUAAGGCAUUUUUCAAACCCUGUGUGCUGCCUAACCCCUCUGCAGAGGACUUCAGUAGGGACCAUGUAACACAGCCAACCUCUGGGGUCAGAGUGUUGGACUCCAACCCCUUAAAGGACAUUCUGUUGAACUUGAGUGAUCCUCCAGCUGUUCUAAAGAUCUCCAGUCCAGCAGUCACCGUAAUAUUUUUCACAGCUGCCUUGCUCUCUCUCUCCUUCUCUGGUAAUUGUUUUCUCUCAUCUCUGCCCCUCUUUCUUCACUUACCCUGCUCUCUCUCUUUCACAGAUACACACUAGGGAUGCACCUAUAUUACAUUUUUGGCCGAUACCGAUAUCCAAUAUUUUCCUUGCCAAAACACCCGAUACCGAUAACCGAUAUUUAAACUUUUAGCUGUCUUUUAAGCAUUUUAGUACAGUUAAAUAGUUUAAACAAAGUGUCAUAUGUUCAUUUGUUCAUUUAGGAACAGAUUGUUUAAUAAGUUGUAAAUGAGAAAAAUGACAAAUCCAUGGUAUUUUAUCGCACAACAAAUAUUCAUGACACAAAUAUUUUGGGGAAACGGUGCUUGUUACUUCUCCAGUAUCCAAGUGCAUCUUCAUUCCUGGGAAUAGUAGGUUCUGUCAGGUAUGCUAGUAUCUGCAAAUAAUGGAAAAGGGGGGUGGGGGGUUUAGUACAUUUAAUACAACAUAUUGCAUUAUUCUUGCAUUCCAAAUGAUCAUUUGGCAUAGAUCAACAUUGGCAAAAUGAAAAUACAACGCGUCUCUCUCUCACAUAGAUACAUACACACACACACACACACACACACACACACACUGACCAAAAAGUUAUUUUGUUGGCAUUUACGUAUGACCCCAUUACCAGUAAAACAUCAUCAAAACCUAUUUAUUUCACUUACUUGCUGUGCUGUUCAUUUAUUCAGUCAUUCCAUUCUCAACCAGGAUUUUUCAUCAUACAUGUCAAGCAGUGAAGUUUCAGCUCUGUCUGUCCGUGGCCUCUUCUGUCGUGGUUCCUCUCUCUCUGUGACACUGUCACUGUGUCCGUUUCCAUCUUGUCCAGCUGUGUCUGUAACAUUUCACGUAAACCCUGUUUCUUGUCUGCAUCGAAGGUGCUUGUACCUAGCAUCGAGCGUGGUGGCAACACAGUAAAGAGGCUCAGAGAGAAUGCCACCGAGUCACUUGUUCAGCCUCUAGUAGAGUACUUUUGCAAGUUUUAACCCCACGGUCUGUGUCGGCAGUUUUGUUGAGCAGGCGUUUCAAUGCCAUGACAGAGGGUAUCACGUCUGCUGCAGACGUAGUUGAUGAGCUUAUUUCUCGAGCCAGUUUUUCGAAUGGAGCUAGGAGUGUGUUCACGUUUUCAAUGAGAGUCCACUGGUUUGUACUGAUUGUUGCAGGUAACUCAUAGUCGGCUGCGUACACGCCAACCACUCGUUUUUGUUCCAGCAGGCUCUCCAUCAUGUAAAAAGUACUGUUCCAUCUGGUGGAAACGUCUUGCUUAAGCCUUUUCAUUUUCACUCCAAGCUGCUCCUGUAUUGCUUGCAGGCGGCUGUAUGCUAGCUGUGAGUGUUCAAAAUGACCCACUAUCUUCCUACCUGUUGCCACUGUGUCAGAUAUGCUACGUUGGGCCAAAACACCUUCGUUCAUAGCCAGUUGCAGCGUGUGUGCCAUGCAUGGCAAACUGGCGACUCCGCAUUCUUCCAAAGCCUUUUGUCAUGUUACGUGCAUUAUCACGUAGCACAGCGUGUACUUUGUUGUUGGGGAUUUUCCAAGUUUCAAACAUGUUCUCAAAUGCCUUUGAAAUGGCAGCAGCGGUAUGAGAACCAGCACAUUCUUGAGCAUGCAAUACGGCUUUCCUCAGUACGACCCACUGUGCUGUCAGACUCAGCAUGCUCAUGGGGCUGACAUCGCUGGUCCAAAUGUCAGUCGUGAAGCUAAUAGCAGUGAUGCCCAUAGCAAGUAGCUCAUGGAUGUGCGUUUUAAAAAUAGCGCCUAGUUGGUAGUGUGUACCGGGGCUCGAGGUGCUCGGCCAGUCGGCGAAAGCCAACAUCAUCCACGACAGAGAACGGUAGAAUGUCAAGGGCAAUGAAUUCCAUUAUCUUGGCGUUAAUGGAUUUGGCCUUUGAGUCGUCACGCUGAAAUUUUCUUACUCUUUCAAAUGACUGCUCGACUUUUUUUCUGCUUUUGUUCUAAGUAGUCGCUGAAUGUCUGGGGGUGAUGCACUUUCAAAUGAGUAAUUAGGUUUGUGGUAUUGAAAGAUAUCACUUUCUCCCCUCCUUGGGAAAUAAUAGCAGCACGAACGUUGCAUAUGGCCUUUCUGUUAUCUUCCUUUGAAACUUCAGAAUAGAUGCACACAGCAGACAUUGUGGGCUAGGUUAGGAAUGCUGUGUUGCACGUGUAGCGCUGUAUUUUUCGUGGCGUCAUUACGUCAUCUACCUACGUUAUACAGGUAUGCACGUCAGCUUUGACAUCGGUUUUGCACAUCGGCGUUAAACUAUACAUAGAGCCAAUGUCGAUGUUGACAUUUUUAGCUAAUAUCGUCCGAUUCCGAUAUGCUUACCGAUAUAUCGUGCAUCCCUAAUACACACUCUUCCUCCUCUCUCUAUCUCUCUCUCUCUCUCUCUCUCUCUCAAUUUCAAUUCAAUUCAAGGGGCUUUAUUGGCAUGGGAAACAUAUGUUUACAUUGCCAAACCAAGUGAAAUAGAUGAUAAACAAAAGUGAAAUAAACAAUCAGAAAUGUACAGUAAAUAUUACACUCACAAAAGCUCCAAAGGAAUAGAGACAUUUCAAAUGUCAUAUAAUGUCUAUGUACUGUGUUGUAACGAUGGACAAAUAUUUAAAGUACAAAAAGGGAAAAUAAAUAAUAUGGGUUGUAUUUACAAUGGUGUUUGUGCUUCAUUGGUUGUCCUUUUCUUGUGGCAACAGGUCACAAAUCUUGCUGCUGUGAUGGCACACUGGUAUUUCACCUAAUAGAUAUGGGAGAUAUCAAAAUUGGAUUUGUUUUCAAAUUAUUUGUGGGUCUGUAAUCUAAACUCAGUUUUCACCUCAUUUUGUGGGCAUUGUGCACAUAGCCUGUUUUCUCUUGAGAGCCAGGUCUGCCUACGGCGACCUCUCUCAAUAGCAAGGCUAUGUUUACUGAGUCUGUACAUAGUCAAACGUUUACUUAAUUUUGGGUCAGUCACAGUGGUCAGAUAUUCUGGCCAGGUAUUCUGCCACUGUGUGCGCUGUGUGCUCCAGAUUGCUCGUUCUUUUUGGUUAAUAAUUUCCAAUGUGUUAAGUAAUUAUGUUUUUAUUUUCUCAUGAUUUGGUUGGGUCUAAUUGUGUUGCUGUCCUGGGGCUCUGUGGGCUCUGUUUGUGUUUGUGAACAGAGCCCCAGGACCAGCUUGCUUAGGGGUUUGUCUCUCUGUAGGUGAUGGCUUUGUUAUGGAAGGUUUGGGAAUCACAUCCUUUUAGGUGGUUGUAGAAUUUAAUGGCUCUUUUCUGGAUUUUGAUAAUUAGUGGGUAUCGGCCUAAUUAUGCUCAGCAUGCAUUAUUUGGUGUUUUACAUUGUACACGAAGGAUAUAUUUGCAGAAUUCUGCAUGCAGAGUCUCAAUUUGGUGUUUGUCCCAUUUUGUGAAUUUUUGGUUGGUGAGCGGACCCCAGACCUCACAACCAUAAAGGGCAAUGGGUUCUAUAACUGAUUCAAGUAUUUUUAGCCAGAUCCUAAUUGGUAUGUCGAAUUUUAUGUUCCUUUUGAUGGCAUAGAAGGCCCUUCUUGCCUUGUCUCUCAGAUUGUUCACAGCUUUGUGGAAGUUACCUGUGGCGCUGAUGUUAAGGCCGAGGUAUGUAUAGUUUUUUUGUGUGCUCUAGGGCAACGGUGUCUAGAUGGAAUUUGUAUUUGUGUUCGUGGCAACUGGACCUUUUUUGGAACACCAUUAUUUUUGAUUUACUAAGAUUUACUGUCAGGGCCCAGGUCUGACAGAAUCUGUGCAGAAGAUCUAGGUGCUGCUAUAGGCCCUCCUUGGUUGGGGACUGAAGCACCAGAUCAUCAGCAAACAGAAGACAUUUGACUUCAGAUUCUAGUAGGGUGAGGCGAGGUGCUGCAGGCUGUUCUAGUGCCCUCGCCAAUUCAUUGAUAUAUAUGUUGAAGAGGGUGGGGCUUAAGCUACAUCCCUGUCUCACCCCCCGGCCCUGUGGAAAGAAAUGUGUGGGUUUUUUGCCAAUUUUAACCGCACACUUGUUGUUUGUGUACAUGGAUUUUAUAAUGUCUUGUGUUUUCCCCAACACCACUUUCCAUCAAUUUGUAUAGCAGACCCUCAUGCCAAAUUGAGUCAAAAGCUUUUUUGAAAUCAACAAAGCAUAAGAAGACUUUGCCUUUGUUUUGUUUUGUUUGUUUAUCAAUUAGGGUGUGCAGGGUGAAUACGUGGUCUGUCGUACGGUAAUUUGGUAAAAAGCCAAUUUGACAUUUGCUCAGUACAUUGUUUUCACUGAGGAAAUGUACGAGUCUGCUGUUAAUGAUAAUGCAGAGGAUUUUCCCAAGGUUGCUGUUGACGCAUAUCCCACAGUAUUGACACCCCCUGUAGCUCAGUUGGUAGAGCAUGGCGCUUGCAAUGCCAGGGUUGUGGGGUCGUUUCCCACGGGGGGGCCAGUAUGAAAAUGUAUGCACUCACAAACUGUAAGUCGCUCUGGAUAAGAGCGUCUGCUAAAUGACUAAAAUGUAAGAUGGUUUCCCUGAAUGAGGGGAUUCUAUUAAGGUGGCGAAGGCGCCCGGUAUGUGUAGUUUGCGGCGGGUAAAAAGCAAUGGCAUUUGUUUGUGGUCCCGUGUAGCUCAGUUGGUAGAGCAUGGCGUUUGCAACACCAGGGUUGUGGGUUCGAUUCCCAUGGGGGGCCAGUAUGAAAAUGUAUGCACUCACUAACUGUAAGUCGCUCUGGAUCUGUAAUGUAAAAUGUAGUUAUUGGGGUCAAAUUUGUCUCCACUUUCAUGGAUUGGGGUGAUCAGUCCUUGGUUCCAAAUAUUGGGGAAGAUGCCAGAGCUAAGGAUUAUAUUCAAGAGUUUAAGUAUAGCCAAUUGAAAUUUGUGGUCUGUAUAUUUUAUCAUUUCAUUGAGGAUACCAUCAACACCACAGGCCUUUCUCUCUCUCUCUCUCUCGACUCUCUUCUCUGCUAUCUCUCUCUCUCUCUCUCUCUCUUCUCUUCUCUCGCGAUCUUCGCUUCUCUCUCUCAUCUCUCUCCUCUCUCUCUUCUCUUCCUCUCUCGCUAUCUCUCUCUCUCUCUCUCUCUCUCUCUCUCUCCUCUCUCUCUCCUCUAUCUCCUGCAGCCCCCUUGACUUGUGCUCUCUGUGAUCUUGCCUCUAACCUCAGACUUCUAUUCAGGGAGAGUAGGCUCAGGAGGUAGGCUCGGAGAGUUCAGGGUGAGUAGCUCAGGAUGAGGCUCAGGAGAUAGCUCAGGAAGUACCGGAGAGUGGUCAGGAGAGUAGCUCAGGGAGGUAUCAGGGAGGUAGCUCUAGGCUAACGCGAGGCUCAGAGGUCUCAGGGAGUAGGUCAGGGAGAGUAGGCUCAGGGAGAGUAGGCUCAGGGAGAGUAGGCUCAGGGAGAGUAGGCUCUUGCAUAGUGUCUUCAGUCACAUUGACAAAUCUCUAGUCCAGCAGAGCAGAACAUAUCAGGUGGGAAGAGACCAGGGUGAUGAUUUUCAGUCUCAGCUUCCGAAUAACUGCCCAGACAGAGGAAAGCUGAAACGCACUGUGCUUUUUCACAAUGACACAAUGCUGAGAGUGUGUUGUGUGUUACUCCUCUUGGACUCUGAUCUGUUUUUUACUGGGUCCAUAGCCACCCCUUUAUACUCAGUCCCCUCUACAGAUCAUAUUGGGGGGGAAAGCCGAAACGCACUGUGCUUUUUCACAAUGACGCCAUCAUGAGAGCUCAGGAUUCAGUAGCUAAGAGGACUUUAUUGGUCUGUCUUGGGCUGCGUCCCAAAUGUUUACUUGUCUUUUUGUCAAGCAAAACUUUUUGUGGAAGGUACUAUGCAGCACACAGACUCCCUCGCGCACUCAACGUUGUUGAUAUACUUUGAGUUUCCUUGUAGGCCUAUUUGGCGGGGAAACUGUGAAGCCAGCUCUAUAACCUAUUGCCUUUUAGUCUAUUGUUUGAGUCUAUUAUUAAAGAAUGUGAAACAAUGUUGCAUCUGUUUGCUGAUUUUCAUUAAAUAAUACAUAGUUGUUCUUUAUAUGGCCUAAAAUAAAUGCGUUCAUAUGGGCAGAAUAUUAUCUAUAGACAAUAGCAUACCAAAUUUUGAUCAGUUAUGAAAAUAAAAAAUGUAAUGCGGAAAAAGGCCAACAUUUGGAUGUUUCAAAUAAAAAUAAAAACUCUUUGUCACAUGACUAUAGAAAUGGAAACAUUGUGAUUUUAGAGACACAAGGUAACAAUAGCCCAUGAUUAAAGGGUUAGGCUAUACUAGGCUCUCACCAUCAUCAUCAGUAUCAUUAUUCACAUCAUUCCAAUUCAAUCAAGUCACAAUUAUCAGCUUUGGUAUUGACAUCAGUGAGCAGGCUUUCUGAGUGAGGAGAGACACAUGGGUAGGCCUAACAACGGAAAACGUCUGAAAACGAAAGUUAUUAUGAAAUUCAGACCACAGAAAUCCAAUAUUUAUAUACUUAGCAAAAAUAUAAACGCAACAUGCAACAAUUUCAACGAUUUUACUGAGUUACAGUUCGUAUAAGGAAAUCAAUCAAUGGAAAUAAAUAAAUUAAGCCUUAAUCUAUGGAUUUCACAUGACUGGGCAGGGGCGCAGCCAUAGGUGAGCCUGGGAGGGCAUAGGCCCACCCACUUGGGAGCCAGGCCUAGCCAAUCAGAAUGAGAUUUUCCCCAAAAAAGGGCUUUAUUACAGACACCUGUGUAAUGAUUAUGCUGUUUAAUCAGCUUCUUGAUAUGCCACACCUGUCAGGUGGAUGGAUUAUCUUGACAAAGAAGAAAUGCUCACAAACAGGGAUGUAAACAAAUUUGUGCACAGAGAAAUAAGCUUUUUGUGCAUAAGAACAUUUUCUGAAACAUGGGACCAACACUUUACAUGUUGCGUUUAUAUUUUUGUAUCGUAUAUAAAAUGUCUACCCUUUUCCAUAUAUUUUAACAUUCUAAUAAGUCAAUUGAAUAUAGGAAAACAUCACAAAAUCCAAAUGUAAUUUAGUCUCAUUAUGAUACGGAACAUGUAGGCUAUUUCAAAAGAAUAGAAUACCAUACUUUGAGUUGACUGUAUAGGCUAGUAUACACUGCUCAAAAAAAUAAAGGGAACACUUAAACAACACAAUGUAACUCCAAGUCAAUCACACUUCUGUGAAAUCAAACUGUCCACUUAGGAAGCAACACUGAUUGACAAUAAAUUUCACAUGCUGUUGUGCAAAUGGAAUAGACAACAGGUGGAAAUUAUAGGCAAUUAGCAAGACACCCCCCAAUAAAGGACUGGUUUUGCAGGUGGUGACCACAGACCACUUCUCAGUUCCUAUGCUUCCUGGCUGAUGUUUUGGUCACUUUUGAAUGCUGGCGGUGCUUUCACUCUAGUGGUAGCAUGAGACGGAGUCUACAACCCACACAAGUGGCUCAGGUAGUGCAGCUCAUCCAGGAUGGCACAUCAAUGCGAGCUGUGGCAAGAAGGUUUGCUGUGUCUGUCAGCGUAGUGUCCAGAGCAUGGAGGCGCUACCAGGAGACAGGCCAGUACAUCAGGAGACGUGGAGGAGGCUGUAGGAGGGCAACAACCCAGCAGCAGGACUGCUACCUCCGCCUUUGUGCAAGGAGGAGCAGGAGGAGCAGAGCCCUGCAAAAUGACCUCCAGCAGGCCACAAAUGUGCAUGUGUCUGCUCAAACGGUCAGAAACAGACUCCAUGAGGGUGGUAUGAGGGCCCGACGUCCACAGGUGGGGGUUGUGCUUACAGCCCAACACUGUGCAGGACGUUUGGCAUUUGCCAGAGAACACCAAGAUUGGCAAAUUCGCCACUGGCGCCCUGUGCUCUUCACAGAUGAAAGCAGGUUCACACUGAGCACAUAUGACAGACGUGACAGAGUCUGGAGACGCCGUGGAGAACAUUCUGCUGCCUGCAACAUCCUCCAGCAUGACCGGUUUGGCGGUGGGUCAGUCAUGGUGUGGGGUGGCAUUUAUUUGGGGGGCCGCACAGCCCUCCAUGUGCUCGCCAGAGGUAGCCUGACUGCCAUUAGGUACCGAGAUGAGAUCCUCAGACCCCUUGUGAGACCAUAUGCUGGUGCGGUUGGCCCUGGGUUCCUCCUAAUGCAAGACAAUGCUAGACCUCAUGUGGCUGGAGUGUGUCAGCAGUUCCUGCAAGAGGAAGGCAUUGAUGCUAUGGACUGGCCCGCCCGUUCCCCAGACCUGAAUCCAAUUGAGCACAUCUGGGACAUCAUGUCUCGCUCCAUCCACCAACGCCACAUGGCACCACAGACUGUCCAGGAGUUGGCGGAUGCUUUAGUCCAGGUCUGGGAGGAGAUCCCUCAGGAGACCAUCCGCCACCUCAUCAGAAGCAUGCCCAGGCGUUGUAGGGAGGUCAUACAGGGACAUGGAGGCCACACACACUACUGAGCCUCAUUUUGACUUGUUUUAAGGACUUUACAUCAAAGUUGGAUCAGCCUGUAGUGUGGUUUUCCACUUUAAUUUUGAGAGUGACUCCAAAUCCAGACCUCCAUGGGUUGAUACAUUUGAUUUCCAUUUAUAAUUUUUGUGUGAUUUUGUUGUCAGCACAUUCAACUAUGUAAAGAAAAAAAGUAUUUCAUAAGAUUAUUUCAUUCAUUCAGAUCUAGGAUGUGUUAUUUUAGUGUUCCCUUUAUUUUUUUGAGCAGUGUAGUAAAGAUCUAUCAAGGUUCAACUUUAAGGCAAGGGCAUCUUUUAAAACUAUUUUGAUACUCACCUCAUGUCUUAAUAAUAUGAAUGAGAAUGUAGUCCAUUAUAUUUUGAAAUCAGUAUUUUAUCCAUCUCUCCCAUUGUUCCCAUUUUCGAUAAAAACAGUACUGUAACAUUGGAAUGUUGUAAAAUGCUGCCCUGCCCUGGCUGGACACUCACAUUCAAAUCAGUUUAGUUUGCAUGAAGGCUACACCUAAAUCCUUCUGGAAGUGCACAGAAUAUGAUGCUUUCGAAUGCCGAGUUUGCAUAACCCUCACUUACGGAGUUAUCUCCAAUUUAUGUGGAGAACACAACCAUAUCCCGGACAAUGCUCGGAUUCAGAUCCAAAAGGUGAUGAAUGGCCUGAAUGAGAGAAGCCUGGAACCCAGGAAGAAACCGACCAAGUUGUGGACCGUGGUACACACGGCUUGCCUGCGUCUAUUUGGGGAGAAAAUACAUUCUUUACAACGAAAACACAUUGCAGAAACUAUACAUAGGCCUAGAUAUAGUAUAGGCUGUUUUUAGCUUUCAGCCUUUAUAUAACCAUAUUAACAAAUUUAUAUACAAUAUUCUGCCCAUAUAAACAAAUUUAAAUAGGCUACAAUAAUCUGCCUAUAUGAGCACAUUUAUUUUAGGCAAAAACUAAACUAAUUUCUGUAGGCUAUUUAAACAACAUUCUGCCCAUAGGAAUAAAUGUAUAUACAAUAUUUAUACCGAUACAUGAUUUAAUGAAAAGCAGUAAACAUACACAUUGUUUCACAUUAUUUAAUAACAGACUCAUAAACACAAUCACGCAAUAGACUACAGCUCGCUUCACAGCUUCCCCAGCGCUUCACAGCUUCCCCAGCACUUCUCAGCUUCCCCAGCGAUUCACAGCUUCCCCAGCGCUUCUCAGCUUCCCCAGCGCUUCACAAAUUCCCCAGCGCUUCACAGCUUCCCCAGCGUUUCACAGCUUCCCCAGCGCUUCUCAGCUUCCCCAGCGCUUCUCAGCUUCCCAGGGAAACUCAAGGUAUUGUAGCCUCACAUGGACGAAAGAGUAGCAGAGGAAGGAGUUAACUUCUGCUGCAGUGUUCGCUGUAAAAUAUAACACGUUGCGGCAGUGCUUCGGUCCUAAAUGGCACCCUAUUUCCUAUUCCCUAUGGGCCCUGCUCAAAAGUAGUGCACUACAUAAGGAAUAGGGUGCCAUUUGGGAUGUAACCUUGGACUGGAUCCAUACACUCUUAGAAAAAAGGAUUCCAAAAGGGUUCUUUGGCUGUCCCCAUAGGAAAACCCUUUUCUAGGUAAAACCCAUUUGGGUUGCCUGUAGAACCCUCUGUGGAAAGGGUUCUACUUGGAACCCAAAAGGUUUCUACCUGGAACGCAAAAGGAUUCUACCUGGAACCCUAAGGGUUCCACCUUGAACCAAAAAUGCUUCUUCAAAGGGUUCUCCUAUGGGGACAGCCGAAGAACCCUUUUAGGUUCUAGACAGCACAAUUUCUUUCUAAGAGUUUAGUGUGGAGCUGGCGAGCAGCGUGUAGAACUGUAGAACUAAAUGGCCUCAGAAACGGGCCCAUAUAGGCCAUAUGAAUGGAACUGGUGAUUGGUGCCAACACAUAGCCUUGCACAGGCGCGCGUUCGUGACACAACCUGGUUGGCAGAGAUAGACCAAGCUUCGACACAACGGGAGAAAUAUGAACAAGGAAAACUCUAAAACUGAAUAAAAAAACAUAACUUCGAUCUAGUGAGUGUUGUGAUGAUUAUGUGCACCUAAACACUUUGAGGAUAGACAACGGUAAAUGACUGUAGCCUAAUUUUGAUUGCUACAUAGGCCUAUACGGAAAAAUGUGCUGCUCUUUCCAUGACAUAGACUGACCAGGUGAAUCCAGGUGAAAGCUAUGAUCCCGUUGAUGUCACCUGUUAGAUCCACUUCAAUCCACUUCAAUCAGUGUAGAUGAAGGGAAGAAGACAGGUUAAAGAAGGAUUUUUAAGCCUUGAGACAAUUGAGACAUGGAUUGUGUAUGUGUGCCAUUCAGAGGGGGAAUGGGCAAGACAAUAUAUUUAAGUGCCUUUGACCGGGGUAUGGUAGUAGGUGCCAGGGGCACCGGUUUGAGUGUGUCAAGAACUGCAACGCUGCUGGGUUUUUCACGCUCAACAGUUUCCAGUGUGUAUCAAGAAUGGUCCACCACCCAAAGGACAUCUAGCCAAAUUGACACAGCUCUGGGAGGCCUUGGAGUCAACAUGGGCCAGCGUCCCUGUGGAACGCAUUCGACAUCUUGUAGAUUCCAUGCCCCUACGAAUUGAGGCUGUUCUGAGGGCAAAAGGGUGUGCAACUCAAUAUUAGGAAGGUGUUCUUAAUGUUUUGUUCACUUGUAGCUUACUGCUUACAAAAGAGCUAACAAAUAUUGUCGCAAUAAACAACAUAGUGCUUUAAGAAAGACAUGGCAAAUACAUAUGGGAAAUACAAUGUUAUAUACAAUGGCAUAAAUGACUAAGCAAAUCUAUCCAAUGUAUCCCCCUGUUAAUGUGAAUGAGUGGGUGAGGGUGUGUGCCUUUGUGUUUAUGCGUCUGUCUGCAUUUGCGUUGUCUUUUCUUGUUAGCACUGAUUUAGCUGAUGGCUGCUUUUUUGAACAAAGGUUUUUACUUGCAAUGACUGUGAUUGGCUUCCCUAUCUAAGUUGAAUGCACUCAUUGAAGUUGCUCUGGAUAAGAGUGUCUGCUAAAUUACCAAAAUGUAAUGUAAAUGUAAUGUAAUGUAUGGUAGCCUAUCUGUGUGUCUCUUGGUAACUUGACUGUCUAUGAUUCUCUACAGGAGCAGCCUAAGAUCAUUGAGCCUUUGGACUAUGAGAACGUGGUGUUCCAGAGGAAAGCCCAGAUCCACAGUGACCCUCACAGAGACCUGCUGCAGUGUCCUGUCGACGACAUCUCGGUACACACACACACACACACACACACACACACACGCGCGCGCGCGCGCACACGCACACGCACACACACACACACACACACACACACACACACACACACACACUGACACACACACACACUGACACACACACACACACACACACACACACACACACACACUGACACAGGGAACAUGCAGACCCAAAUAGGGUGCUGUAGUUCUGGGAAGAAACAUUAUUUGUUUAGUUUGUUAAAAUUCAUACACAUUUUUUAUUAGAGAACAUUUAUAAAAGUGACAUACUCUUUCAAAUAUGCUCCUAGAAACACUGGACAACCAGGCCCACAUUUGUAGAGUAGCUAGCUACAGAACUAUAGCCCUACAGUAGCAUAUAAUAUGAAUACCAGAAAAUACUGCAGAAACAGUCGUUUAUUUUAUACCAAGACCAGCAAAUUCUGUAAGAAUUGGCUCAGGGAGGGUGUUCUUAUAUUUUCCCAUUAUCCACCAGUUUAGCCCUCAACACACAGCCUUGUUUUACCCUGCAAGGAGGGACAUAUUUAUUGGUCAAAACCAAGCGAUCCAGCCAGUCCAGUCUAACUCAGUCACUGACAGAUUAUUGGGACUCUUUCAAAUACACAUUAUUCGAACACAUGUGGUUCUGAUCAGAAGACACAAAGCACUAAAAGCCUAAAAGACUGUUCACCCUCGUCUCUCUUUCCAACCCCCCUCUUCCUCUCUGUGUAGGAGUCUCAGAUCUCUCGUCAGAGGAGGACCGUGGUUCCCUCAGUGCCCCAGAAUGCAGAGAGGGACGCCAAGAGCCUGUUCGCCAAAGAGGUACUCAUUCAGUUUACACUAUUACACAACAAAUAAAUGCCUCUAGACAAAACUUGACAAGGCUAUAUCGUAAUAAGAAUCAAUUGGAACUUUGAGGCCUGACCAGAAACAAACUCCUGGUUGGUCCCAAUUGAGUGAUGUUUACCUGUUAACUGUUACUCAGCGAGCACCAUACCUAAAGCAAAAACUUGACAAUGACAUACAAUGACACUUUUCUGGCAUGGUGUGAACUGUGAACUCUUUAUUUCCCUGGUCCCUUGGUGUUGUAAUGUUACUAAUUGAGCUCUUAAUGUUGACCUGUUUGGCAGUGCAUCAAGACUUACAACACGGACUGGCACGUCAUCAACUACAAAUAUGAAGCAUACUCAGGAGAUUUCCGCAUGCUCCCAACGUAAGUCUAGAACAGAAAAGCAUUGAUACACGCAUGCUUCCAAGGUGCUGGAAAUCUGGAAAUGAAAAGCCAUUGAUACACGCAUGCUUCCAAGGUGCUGUAAAUCUGGAAAUGAAAAGCCAUUGAUACACGCAUGCUUCCAAGGUGCUGUAAAUCUGGAAAUGAAAAGCCAUUGAUACACGCAUGCUUCCAAGGUGCUGUAAAUCUGGAAAUGAAAAGCCAUUGAUACACGCAUGCUUCCAAGGUGCUGUAAAUCUGGAAAUGAAAAGCCAUUGAUACACGCAUGCUUCCAAGGUGCUGUAAAUCUGGAAAUUAAAAGCCAUUGAUACACGCAUGCUUCCAAGGUGCUGUAAAUCUGGAAAUUAAAAGCCAUUGAUACACGCAUGCUUCCAAGAUGCUGUAAAUCUGGAAAUGAAAAGCCAUUAAAACAGGCAUGCUUCCAAGGUGCUGUAAAUCUGGAAAUGAAAAGCCAUUGAUACAUGCAUGCUUCCAAUAUGCUGUAAAUCUGGAAAUGAAAAGCCAUUAAAACAGGCAUGCUUCCAAGGUGCUGGAAAUCUGGAAAUGAAAAGCCAUUGAUACAUGCAUGCUUCCAAGGUGCUGGAAAUCUGGAAAUGAAAAGCCAUUGAUACAUGCAUGCUUCCAAGGUGCUGGAAAUCUGGAAAUGAAAAGCCAUUGAUAGAAAGAAACAGCAUAGGAAUGAUCAGAUUGUAGAUAGGAAGCAAGGCGUAGAUGAAUUGACGAUAUAGACUUGCUGUUGAUCCAUUGAGGAUAUAGACUAGCUUUUGAUUCAUUGAGGAUAUAUACUAGCUUUUGAUCCAUUGCGGAUAUAGACUAGCUUUUGAUCCAUUGAGGAUAUAGCCUAGCUUUUGAUUAAUUGAGGAUAUAGACUAGCUUUUGAUCCAUUGAGGAUAUAUACUAGCUUUUGAUCCAUUGAGGAUAUAGACUAGCUUUUGAUCCAUUGAGGAUAUAGCCUAGCUUUUGAUUCAUUGAGGAUAUAGCCUAGCUUUUGAUUAAUUGAGGAUAUAGACUAGCUUUUGAUUAAUUGAGGAUACAGCCUAGCUUUUGAUUAAUUGAGGAUAUAAACUAGCUUUUGAUUAAUUGAGGAUAUAGACUAGCUUUUGAUCCAUUGAGGAUAUAGACUAGCUUUUGAUCCAUUGAGGAUAUAGACUAGCUUUUGAUACUGUACGAAGACACAAUAUUGAAAUGACCAGAAGCGAGAUACAGUAGGAAGGAGUUGAUGUAUUGAGUAUAUAGUCCUGGGUUGCUGACACACAACAACCCUCUCUCUCACACAACAUGUGUUUUCACAGUAAAGGCCUGAAGACGGACAAGCUGCCGGCUCACGUGUUUGAGAUCGAUGAAGACGCUAAAGAUGAGGUGAGUGGAAUGUUAGGCCUGGGGUGUUAGACCAGUCUAUGUGUGUGUGUGUGUGUGUGUGUGUGUGUAAAUGUGUGUGUAUAUGUGUGCGCGCCUAUGUACGUGCAUGCGUGCGAGAGAGAGAGAGACAUUGAUUAUCAGACGAUGUUGAGUGGUCUGGUAUUCUCAAGGGUCUUUUUGUGGCCAGUUCACUCACGUCCUCUAGGCCUUGUUGGCUUGGUGGUGGUCAUGUUUAAAAUACCCUUUUGACUUUGAGCAUAACAUCAACACAUUGCUGCAUCCCCCCAAAGCAUUUAAGAAAAGAUGCUAACAAUACAAUACAAUGCAUCAAAUAACAGCAAUUCAAUAGAGAUACCGUAGCUUACAUCCAGAAACCCUAACCGGCACUGUGCCACUAUGAUGUGUGGUUUACAGCCAUAGCCUGGCCCCAGAUGUGUUUGUGCUGUCUUGGCUACGCCUAUGGUCAUUGUCACAUUAGGAGGAGGCAAGACAGCGCAAACAGAUCUCGGACCAGGCUACUACAGCCAGUCAGUCCUCCUCACUCCUCCUUAGCAGUGAAACCACAGCUCUACUUUUCUAAAAAUAGUUCUCAUCGACCCCCAACCCUCCCCCGCCCUCAUCGGCCCGGCCGGAUGUGGAUAAACUUAGCAUUAAAAAGGGUUGUAAUUGAACGAUUGAAGGAAAAUAAACAGCUGACAGACAUAUUACUGAGAGCAGAGAGCACAGAGCAGAGGCUAUCACUGAAUCACUCCAGGGCUGCGGCUGAAAUGGAACCCUAUUCCCUAUAUAGUGCACUACCUUUGACCAGAGCCCUAUGGGCCCUGGCAAACGUAGCGCACUAUACAGGGAAAUAGGCUGCCAUUUCAGAUACAGCUCAGUACUAAAGAGAGAGGGAGAAAGAGAGCAGAGCAGAGGCUGUCUAUCAAUCCAGGAGCACUAAAAGAGGCUGGCUAAUGUUACAUGACUUACAAUGUCCUUUCUAGCUACACCCCAGACAUCUUGUCUCAGAGGGAGGAAGCCGUAAUGGUGUAUCACUGAUAGAUCUAUAUGUCUAUAUUUAGCCUAUUCCUUUCAUCCCAGCAUCCUUUUAUAACCACUAGAGAGAGAAAUAGAUAGAGAUAGAGAGAGCGAGAGCGAGAGAGAUAGAGAGAGGGAGAGCGAGAGAGAUAGAGAGAGAGGAGAGGAAUGACCAUAAGAAUGAAUCAAUGAUAAUGCAAUCAGGGAGAUUGGUGAGGGAUCCCACAUGAAAAAUACUGCAGUAUACUAUGGUAUAAAUACUAUAGUAUUCAAUGUAGUGUUUUUGCGGACUUUAGAGUAUUCACUGUAGUGUUGCGGACAUGACUGUAAUAUACUGUCGUAUUUACAGAUUACUAUAGUAUAAAUCCUGUAGUAAUUGUUUUUGUAGUGAAUGUUAUAGUAUUUACUAUAGUGUUUUUGUGGACAUUACUGUAGUAUUUACUAUAGUGGGGGGUUUCUCCUUGAGGAAACCUACUUGACAAAAUACUCAAAGAGCAAAUUUUCCAUAAUAAUAAUAAUAAUAAUAAUAUGCCAUUUUGCAGACGCUUUUAUUCAAAUCAUGCAUGCAUAAAAAAAUUUUUUGUGUAUGGGCCGUAGGGAACACAAUAUGUGGUCUAUAUGUGACAUUUAGGUUUCUCACAUGGGUGGCAUACAGUGAGGGAAAAAAGUAUUUGAUCCCCUGCUGAUUUUGUACGUUUGCCCACUGACAAAGACAUGAUCAGUCUAUAAUGUUAAUGGUAGGUUUAUUUGAACAGUGAGAGACAGAAUAACAACAAAACAAUUCAGAAAAACGCAUGUCAAAAAUGUUAUAAAUUGAUUUGCAUUUUAAUGAGAGAAAUAAGUAUUUGACCCCUCUGCAAAACAUGACUUAGUACUUGGUGGCAAAACCCUUGUUGGCAAUCACAGAGGUCAGACGUUUCUUGUAGUUGGCCACCAGGUUUGCACACAUCUCAGGAGGGAUUUUGUCCCACUCCUCUUUGCAGAUCUUCUCCAAGUCAUAAAGGUUUCGAGGCUGACGUUUGGCAACUCAAACCUUCAGCUCCCUCCACAGAUUUUCUAUGGGAUUAAGGUCUGGAGACUGGCUAGGCCACUCCAGGACCUUAAUGUGCUUCUUCUUGAGCCACUCCUUUGUUGCCUUGGCCGUGUGUUUUGGGUCAUUGUCUUGCUGGAAUACCCAUCCACGACCCAUUUUCAAUGCCCUGGCUGAGGGAAGGAGGUUCUCACCCAAGAUUUGACGGUACAUGGCCCCGUCCAUCGUCCCUUUGAUGCGGUGAAGUUGUCCUGUCCCCUUAGCAGAAAAACACCCCCAAAGCAUAAUGUUUCCACCUCCAUGUUUGACGGUGGGGAUGGUGUUCUUGGGGUCAUAGGCAGCAUUCCUCCUCCUCCAAACACGGCGAGUUGAGUUGAUGCCAAAGAGCUCGAUUUUGGUCUCAUCUGACCACAACACUUUCACCCAGUUCUCCUCUGAAUCAUUCAGAUGUUCAUUGGCAAACUUCAGAUGGCCCCUUAUAGGUGCUUUCUUGAGCAGGGGGACCUUGCGGGCGCUGCAGGAUUUCAGUCCUUCACGGCGUAGUGUGUUACCAAUUGUUUUCUUGGUGACUAUGGUCCCAGCUGCCUUGAGAUCAUUGACAAGAUCCUCCCGUGUAGUUCUGGGCUGAUUCCUCACCGUUCUCAUGAUCAUUGCAACUCCACGAGGUGAGAUCUUGCAUGGAGCCCCAGGCCGAGGGAGAUUUACAGUUCUUUUGUGUUUCUUCCAUUUGUGAAUAAUCGCACCAACUGUUGUCACCUUCUCACCAAGCUGCUUGGCGAUGGUCUUGUAGCCCAUUCCAGCCUUGUGUAGGUCUACAAUCUUGUCCCUGAGAUCCUUGGAGAGCUCUUUGGUCUUGGCAAUGGUGGAGAGUUUGGAAUCUGAUUGAUUGAUUGCUUCUGUGGACAGGUGUCUUUUAUACAGGUAACAAGCUGAGAUUAGGAGCACUCCCUUUAAGAGUGUGCUCCUAAUCUCAGCUCGUUAACUGUAUAAAAGACACCUGGGAGCCAGAAAUCUUUCUGAUUGAGAGGGGGUGAAAUACUUGUUUCCCUCAUUAAAAUGCAAUUCAAUUUAUAACAUUUUCGACAAUUUAUAAUCAAUUUAUGUGUUUUUCUGGAUUUUUUUGUUGUUAUUCUGUCUCUCACUGUUCAAAUAAACCUACCAUUAAAAUUAUAGACUGAUCAUUUCUUUGUUAGUGGGCAAACGUACAAAAUCAGCAGGGGAUCAAAUACUUUUUUCCCUCACUGUAAACUGGGAUAUGGGGGAGGAGAAUGGGCAGGGUAUAUGCAAAUUAAAGCUGUUGUAUAAUAAACUAUUGUAAUUACUGUAGUAAUUUUGCGGACUAUAGUGUUUUUGCAGACAUUAUUGAAGGAAUUACUGUAGUGUUUUUGCAUUCUGUUGUAUACUGUAGUAUUUACUAUAGUAUUCUACUGUAUACUACAAAAUUAUAUAGUAAGAAUUACACAUGGCCGAGGGAUACUACAGUGUGUAGUAUAGUAUUCUACAGUAUACUACAGUUUACUACAUAAUUAUAUAGUAAGUACAGUAGUAUUCUAUAGUAAACUGGAGUAUUUUUUCAUGUGUGAUCGAGGGAGGGUCGGAUAUAGGGAUGAAGGGGGUUCUCGAAGCGAGGGAGGGGUUGGAGUAAUGAGGGAGGACAGAGGAGAGAGCUCAGCCAAUUGGAUUACAGCACAGAGCUAGAGAGAGGCAUACUUACGAUCGGACGAGCGCAAAGGACAGUGCCACUUCAAUGUGUUAACUGAGUUGUGUGUGUGUGCGUGCGUGUGUGUGGGUGUGGGUGUGACGUGUGUGUAUUAGCCUAUUGAUUGUAUAUCCACACCCAUUAUCAAUACUAACUCUCCUUCCUUCCUGUGUGUGUGUGUGUGUCACCAGGACUCGUCAUCUCUGUGCUCUCAGAGAGGAGGUAUCAUGAAGCAGGGCUGGCUGCAGAAAGCCAACAUCAACAGCAGCCUGUCUGUCUCCAUGAGGGUGAGUUAGAACAGCUCACCCACCAUCCUUGUCUACUGACAUUCGUAAAGUACUCAGACCCCUUGAAGUUACAGCCUUAUUCAAAAAAAUGUUUUUUAAUGUUUCCUAAUCAAUCUACAUACAAUACCGCAUCAAUCUACACACAAUACUGCAUAAUGACAAAAACUGUUUUUUUAAAACAUUUUUGCAAAUGUAUUAAAUAUAAAAAAACAGAAAUACCUUAUUUACAUAAGUAUUCAGACCCUUUGCUAUGAGACUCAAAAUUGAGCUCAGGUGCAUCCUGUUUCCAUUGAUCAUCCUUGAGAUGUUUUUACAACUUUAUUGAAUUAAAUUGAUUGGACAUGAUUUGGAAAGGCACACACUUGUCUAUAUAAGGUCCCACAGUUGACAGUGCAUGUCAGAGCAAAAACCAAGCCAUGAGGUCGAAGGAAUUGUCCGUAGAGCUCCGAGACAGGAUUGUGUCGAGGCACAGAUCUGGGGAAGGGUACCAAAACAUUUCUGCAGCAUUGAAGGUCCCCAAGAAUAAAGUGGCCACCAAGACUCUUCCUAGAGCUGGCCGCCCGACCAAACUGAGCAAUCGGGGGAGAAGGGCCUUGGUCAGGGAGGUGACCAAGAACCUGAUGGUCACUCUGACAGAGCUCCAGAGUUCCUCUGUGGAGAAGAGAGAACCUUCCAGAAGGACAACCAUCUCUGCAGCACUCCACAAAUCAGGCCUUUAUGGGAGAGUGGCCAGACGGAAGCCACUCCUCAGUAAAAGGCACAUGACAGCCUGCAUGGAGUUUGCCAAAAGGCACCUGAAGGACUCUCAGACCAUGAGAAACAAGAUUAUCUGGUCUGAUGAAACCAAGACUGAACUCUUUGGCCUGAAUGCCAAGCGUCACGUCUGGAGGAAACCUGGCACCAUCAUGCUGUAGGGAUGUUUUUCAGCGACAGGGACUGGGAGACUAGUCAGGAUCGAGGGAAAGAUGAACGGAGCAAAGUACAGAGAGAUCCUUGAUGAAAACCUUCUCCAGAGUGAUCAGGACCUCAGACUGGGGCAAAGGUUCACCUUCUAACAGGACAACGACCCUAAGCACACAGCCAAGACAACGCAGGAGUGGCUUCGGGACAAGUCUCUGAAUGUCCUUGAGUGGCCCAGCCAGAUCCCGGACUUGAACCUGAUUGAACAUUUCUGGAGAGAUCUGAAAAUAGAUGUGCAGCGACGCUCCCCAUCCAACCUGACAGAGCUUGAGAGGAUCUGCAGAGAAGAAUGGGAGAAACACCCCAAAUACAGCUGUGCCAAGCUUGUAGGGUCAUACCCAAGAAGAUUCAAGGCUGUAAGGCUUUUGGGGUGUAGAUACCCUUUAAUUCAGGUGUGCACCAUCAAGAGACUUGUUUGAUUAGCUGUGUUUCUGAUUGCGGACUUUUCAAAUCACAAAUCGCCAAAUAAUCAUAAUAUCAUUCUGCAGGUAGGCAUAGGCUAUUUUGUAGUUAACAUUUAAUUGAGAAGGUUUUUGGGAAAGCCUUUCCAUCUACCAGAAGACGGUUAUCAUUAGCAUCAUCUCUAAUGGCUACACAAAGUGGUAGACAAACAAACACGCACACACAGAAAGGCUAUUCCCGCGUUGCCUGCGUUGCCUCUUCAGAAAGAAAGAAGGAAAAUACGAAUCAUUGAUGCAUUAAAAAAAAUAAAAAAAUAAUUUAACCUUAAUUUAACUAGGCAAGUCAGUUAAGAACAAAUUCUUAUUUACAAUGACAGCUUACACCGGCCAAACCCAGACGACACUGGACCAAUUGUGCGCCACCCUAUGGGACUCCCGAUCACGGCCGGUUGUGAUCCAGCCCGGGAACAAACCCGGGUCUGUAGUGACACCUCUAGCACUGCGAUGCAGUGCCUUAGACCGCUGCGCCACUCGGAUGCAUUUUGUUCAUGUCUUAUGAUAAUCCUGAUCUAAUUAAUAAGUGUUCUAAUAAGUUCAAUACAUUUAGUUGAUAUCCUACUAAGUUCAAUACAUUUUUGAAUAUUGUUGAAGUCCGUUUUAAUGUCUGGAUUCUGUGAUUCCGUUCGCGUUCUCCGCAUCGCGGAUUUGAUAGGGCCCUACCUGAUUCAGCCAAUCAAAAAAAGUAUCUACAACUAUAUACACAAAAAAAACUGUUUUUGCUUUGUCAUAAUGGGGUAUUGUGUGUAGAUUGAUGAGGGGGAAGAAAUCUAUUUAAUCCAUUGUAGAAUAAGGCUGUAACGUAACAAAAUGUGGAAAAAGUCAAGGAUUCUGAAUACUUUCUGAAUGCACUGUAUUCAGAAAGGUUCAUUCAUGGUUGAUUAAAAAAAAACGUGUGGUCUUUGAUAGAUUUAGAUCUGUUCAUACAUAGUCUCUGUGCAAUACGUUAGGUAAUGCUAAAGUAAUGCUAAAGGAAUGCUAAAGUAAUGCUAAAGGAAUGCUAAAGGAAUGCUAAAGUAUUGCUAGUAGUAGCUGCAUGGGGAUACUGGGCCUAGCCUAUUGACGGUACACCAUGUGCUGUAUACACAAUGUCACAACAAUACAUUUGAUCACCAGCCUUAUCUACCUCUGUACACACACAUCCACUAGACUGUACAGCAGAUGUACACUAUUAGAAAUAAAAGCAACGUUGCUAUUGGAUGAUUUUGAAUUGAAACCCUUCUUCUGAUUAUCAGGUUUUUAAGAGGAGGUAUUCCUACCUGUCCCAGCUGCCAGACGGCUCCUACAUCCUCAACUCCUACAAGGAUGAGAAGAACUGCAAGGACACCAAAGGAUCCAUCUACCUGGACUCCUGUAUAGACGUCAUUCAGGUGACCUGGGACCUUAUUCACAAAGAGUCUCAGAGUGGUGAUCUAGGAUCAUUUUGGUCUUUUAGAUCACAAUGAAUAAGAUUACAUGGACAGGGGGGGACCUGAUCCUAGAUCAGCUACUUUGAGAUGCUUAUUGAACACGGCCUCUUAUCUCAUCUUGACUUGGAGAUCAUUGACGUCAAGUGGUUGUUUUGAAGAAUACAGUACGGUGUAUCUUUGUAUAUGGUUAAUGUUUGUUCCUAAUGUGUCCCUGGAAUAGAUUGACCAUUUGCUUACAGAGGCACACCAUGCACUCUGGGCUUUGUGGAGACAGACAAAUCUAUAUAUAUUGUCUUCUCUGUCCUAGACGGUAGACUUUCUUCCUGCCAGCCAUGAAAGGAAGUCUUUGAUAAUCAAAUAGAUCAUUGCUAAUUCAAUUAAUAAGUCAUCUCUGGACUCUAAAGAGGCAAAAAUGGCACCAGCACACUCAGAAUCAGGCUUGUUACACAACAACCCACUGGGAAAAAACUGGUUGAAUCAUCGUUGUUUACAUGAUAUUCCUAUUUUUUUAUUUUUUUUAUGUGAUGAUGUUGAAUCGACUUAGAAAACUGAUUGGAUUUGGAAAAAGUCAUCAACGUAAGUCAUCAACAUGGUGACAUUUUUUGUUGAAUUCAUGUUGAAUUCACAUUAGUUGACAACUCAACCAAAUGUAAACCAAACUGCACGUUUAAAUUACGUCUGUGCCCAGUGGGAAUAGUUGCUGAUAAAGAUUUAGGCCUAAAAACCAGUCAACAGGUAAGCUACAGUAUGUAUUACACAAUAACUAGAUGGAAUUCUGUUGGGUGUACAUUCUCACUUCCCAGUAAAAUGGAAUUCCAUUGGGAAAACUCCCACUGUGACCACAUAAAAAGGCAACCUUCUUGAAAAUUAAGUCAGGAUACUGCAUUCCAGUCACCGGGUAUAACAAAAUGGCUGCGUUUAGCGUUUUUAUUGUUAAUGAAUGAGAGAGACUGCUGAGUGUUGGCACUGGGUGGUACAGUAGGCUGGAGAGACUGCCAAGAAGCUUUCCAUUGGUUGAAAGUAUUUUGGAGAUAUAGUGAGUGAACGGAGUCAUUUUGCAGAAAGGCAUCUACUGAAUAUGGCGGGUGAUUAUCCAAAGGUUCUUUGUAUUAAAGCUAACACUGAUGUUUGCAAGACCAAAGGUCUAUGGUGCUUUAUGUUGUUGACUUUGGUAAUGAAUGUAUAACUAUUUAGGCUAAGUUUUUGCCCUAUUAACACGAAAUUGAUGGUUUGUACUAGUAGACUGCAAUUAAGUGCACAAACCUGUUGAUGACUCCUGCAAACUUUCCUCUUUCUCCCCUCCUCCCAGUGACCUAAGACAGGGGUUCCCAAACCUUUUUGGGGCCGGGGACCCCUUUUGGGAUAGCAAAUCCAUCAGGGACCUAUGACUGGGCGAUAUAUAACAUUAUUUUGAAUGUAUGUUUUUGCACGAUAUUUCAAAUGCCUGUAUCGCAAUUUUUUAUUUUUAUUUUUUUUAGCGUUUAUGUCCGCUUGUUCUCAUGUUGUUUUUUUGGUCUUGUCUCCUUCACUCCUUCUGUGCUGUGUGCACCUUCCCAUUUACAUCAGAGAUCUGUCAUUUCUUCCCAUUUACAUCAGAGAUCUGUAUAUAAUGACGAGAUGCUCAUGUCUCCGCCCUAACAAUGGGAGUCGUUGUCCCAAAGGCGGGAAGGCAGGCCACAAACUUAGGUCCAAAAUAAGCCCAAAGAAACUAAUCUCGCUUUGCCUCUUCCACUCUGUUUACACACACACACACACACCAAGCCCCUUCCCAUGCCACUCACAACAACAGAGAUGAGAGAUCACUUCUUCCUCUCUGUCAAGCGGUUUCAACGUGCUAUUUGCAUUUGAGGUUUGGUCCAACAGAAUUGGUCAUAUGGACACUGAAUCACAUUGAGACAUUGUCAUGUGAAUUUCUAUCUCUAAUUCAACCUAAGCUUGAAUCAUUACCAGAGGUUGUAAAGCUCUGGUUUUAAUCAUCAAUGAUUCAAGGUCCACAAUCCACAAGUAAUUAUCGGUAAAUUUAUUCAAGGAGAGCUCUGCUCAAAAACGCAAACAUACUGUUUUUAUACCCCUUGACAAACAAAGACACUAUGCUCCUCCCACCUUUAGGUGGCUUUCUUAAACAGUUCCCGCCUUCCCCCUUGAAUGGUUAGUAACGCCCCCUCUGUUAGUGGGUUGACACUACAUGAUAAUUCUAACAUUUAUACUGUGUUUGGGGUGAAAUUCUUUAGUCAUUAUUCUUAAAAUCCAAAUUAAUCUAACAAUCCACCCCUUUGACUAAAUAUUCCCACAUUCAGGAUAAAUGUAUUUUACAAGCAUGAUUAAUCUCAGAGAUCACAUCAGAACUAAUAAACAUUUCAUCCAAUUGCGGUCUUUCAGGGUCCAAAUCCUCGUCAUCCACCAAGCCUGGAGGAUCGUUUUUCACAUUCCCCUGGUCAGAGUCCGGAGUCAGUCCAUCUCUCAUCAUUGUUUAGAUACUGCAUUUCACCAACGCCUGACUCACCAAUCCUCGGACACAGGGAACAAGACAACAACCACAACCACAGAAAUUCUUUAGUCAUUAUUCUUAAAAUCCAAAUUAAUCUAACAGACAUUAUUUUACUGUAAUAGAGAAGUUAACCUUUCUAACGAUACCCUUUUUAUGUCUCAACUACUCAAACUGCGCACAGAGCAGACACUACUAAAACGGGUGUAUCAAUAAACAUUGCUCAGUUUGUCGGUACCUAGCAGCAUUUUAACCAAAGACUGUUAUACUAGCUGUCUAGUCUGUGUUUUAUAAAUGUGCAAUAAGCAUAAAACACAAUUAUAUAGGGAAUUGGCAACUCGUUCUCAUUCUGAGAAAUAAGUUAUUGAUUUCAACAUCUGAACAAAGCAGACAGGCUAGCAUGCUGUUCAAACAGUUGGAGACGGACAGAAGGGUGUGUUCAUAACAAUUCAACUGUUCUGCCUUGUUAUCUAGCUAGCAAAUAGACCCAAGUUGGCUAAACUCUAAAUAUUAGCUGGCUACUCACUAGCACGUUUGAGUGUUGAGCCGAGUGUUAUUUGGCAAUAUGCUGCUCCAACCAGGCCUAUCCUCUGUCUCUCCUCCCCAGCGCCCUAAGAUGUGCGGUAACAGCUUUGAGCUUUGAGCCACAAUGUUUAAAUGACUCCAACCAAACUUCUAGAUUUUCACCCCAGUGCCCUAAGAUCUGUAGUAACUGUUUUAAGCUUAUGUUACUAAAUGACUCCAACCCCCCCCCCCCCCCCCCCCCCCCCUCCCAGUGCCCUAAGAUGCGCCGUAACGGAUUUGAGCUGAAGAUGCAGGAGCGCUACAGCCACUUCCUGGCUGCGGACAGCGAGGCGGAGAUGGAGGAGUGGGUGGUCACCCUGAAACAGGCGCUGCAGAGCAGCACCGAGGGAGGAGACAGGAGGAACGGAGGAGACAGCCUAGACUGUGCCCUGGGUGAGGAUGGAAGGGAUUAGACUGGACACACACACACACACACACACACACACACACACACACACACACACUGUAUCCUGUACUCUCCUACUCCUACACACCUGCAGUACAAAAGAAUCGUAUUAUUUAGCUACUCCACUCCUGCUAUUUUUUCCAAAGAAAAGUUGCACAUGUCUUUCAACACAGUCAUCUCCUCUAGGAGUUUCAAAUCCCUCCCCCUAACCUGUAAACACACACUGAAUAGCCUAAACAGUCAAUUACAGGAUGAUACACAACAGUUGGUACAACAAGGCAGCAUUGUAUUGCUAGUUUUCACCAGUCAUUUUAUCUGCCUCUAGCAUUUAGUUCCCCUUUCAAACUUCAUUGGAAUUGUUUGUUGACAUAAAAGGAAGUUAUUGUGAACUAUUGAACUAUGCAUAUAAUGGCUGUUAGAUAAGUGGAGGAACACCAACAUUAUGAUCCAGCAGCUGUGUGUGUGUGUGUGUGUGUGUUUUUGUGUUUUUUGUGCACGUGACCAAUAAACUUUGAUUUGAUAUGUGGUUUUUUUGCAUGCAUACGUGUCUGUCUGUGUGCGUGUCUGUCUGUGUGCGUGUCUGUCUGUGUGUGUGUGUGUCCGUGUCUUCAUGUUUACCUGUGUGUACAGCCUCUGAGCAAUUGACAGUUUGGGACAUUCAUUUUCUCAUAAGGGUAGACACACUCUCCUCAAACGUCCCUCUAAAAACAAAUACAUUAUUUUCUCAUAUGCCUCUGAGAUGCUGAGAGAUUUUGGCUAAUACAGCAGAAAGCUGUGGGAGUCAGUUAGCCUGGCUGGUCCCCAGCACACUGAAGGGAGUCAGACACGCAGCAGAGUUAGUAGGAAAAGCUCAUUGGGACAUCGCUCAACAUGGAAGGUAAAGAAUGUAACAUGAAGUAGAAUCAUCCAGUAGCUUUGUGCAGGUGAAUAUCCAAGUGCACAACUCUAGGAGGAUCAGAUAUCAAGGAAAAGGUGCACUAAUAUCAGAUGUCAUUAUACUCAUCUGAAUCAUACAUCAGGCUCUAUGAUCAGUACUCUCUUUGACUGACUCCUCUCUCGUCCAAUCAGAUGACGACAGUAGCAGCCAGGGGAAAGGAGAGAGCCUAUUGGAGAGUCUGGGGAGGAGCCUACACCCUGAACUCAUCAAGGUAAUACUGUUACUGUUAUCAACAUCAAUCACACACUACAGAGGAAUCCCAUAAAGUAGGCCUACUGUCAACUAUGCUAUUUAUGUUAUGUAAAUAAGAAUAGUUGAUUGAGAUUGAGAUCAUACUUACCAUCAUACGAACGAGCAUAUAUAUAUAUAUAUGUUCAUUUUUAAAUACAUUUCUUACUAAGCAUAUGAUACAUAAUGUAGCUGUCUGUGCAGUCCACUCUUAGGCAUAGUGUGUAGACCCUGUUGCUAAUUGAUUCAGCCUGGUGGAUGUUGGCAGUAUGUUUUAGUCUGACUUGCUCUCUUCACCUCUGGUCUCAUUAGCAGCAGUGUUUUAUUCUAGUAGUGUGGAUAUUCCCCACACACACACAUGGUAGUGAUUCUAGCCACAUGGUGGAGAGGUUUUAUAGGGUCAUUCAGACAGAGCGUAUCCUGUUUCCUUUGGAGAGAACGGAAAGUGCAGUUUUAAAAGUUUUACUCGUAGAAAAAAGGGUUCCAAAAGGGUUAUUUGGGUGUCCCCAUAGGAGAACCCGUUUUGGUUCUAGGUAGAACCAUUUCUGGUUCCAGGUAGAACCAUUUUGGGUUCCAUGUAGGACCCUCUGUGGAAAGGGUUCUACAGAGAACCCAAAAGGGUUCUACCUAGAGCCAAAAAGGGUUCUCCUAUGGACGACAGCUGAAUAACUCUUUUAGGUUCUAGAUAGCAGAUAGAGUUUACAUAUGUUUAAGCAGUAAUGAUUAUUGAUAAGGAAUGUUUUUCUAGUCAGUUAGAGAAACAAAAUGCUUGCGUCCCAAAUUGCACCCUGUGAGAGUGUGAUUUGAAGGAGUCAGGCACAGGAGGGUAAAUCACAGAAUACAGACGUUAUUCCGUAGGACACAGUUACGCUGGAUAGCGUCAACAGCACAGGGCGUAAUACAGGCGCACUGGAACACAAUACAGGCACACGGGGAGAAAUAACCCCGGCAAUACAACGUACGGGUAGCUCAACCGAGCUACACUCAUCUUCACAUAAAACAAUCACCCACAAGGACAAGGGGGGCAGAGGGAACACUAAUGAGGGGACUAAUGAGGGGAUAUGAACCAGGUGUGUGUGAUUGACAAGACAAGACAUGACAAGUGGAGUGAUGAGAAUGGGAGCGGCAGUAGCUAGUAAGCCGGUGACGACGAACACCGAAACCUGCCGAACAAGGAGGGGAGGCAGCCUCGGCGGAAGUCGUGACACACCCUAUUGCCUCUAAAGUGGUAUCUGCUCACUGAUCUUUCACAUGUAUUUAUCUGAUAGCAUUUCAGUAUCAGAGAACUACAGUUCACUAGCUCUUUUGUCUGUAGCAGGUCCCUACUGUAGGCUACAUCCUCUAAUCCAGGACGUAACAACAGUACAGGAUAGAUAUGUCCCAAAUGGCACCCUUUUCCCUAUAUAGUGCCCUAUGGGCCCUGGGCAAAAGUAGUGGACGUUAGAGGGAAUAGUGUGCCAUUUGGGAUGCAGCUUAUGUUUAUCCCAUAGAGACCACCUCACUGCUUUAAUGUGCCUAUAAUCCCAGAACAGCACAUGGAGAACAAAGAGAGCUGUCUGCUCUGAGAUGUCCCAGCUCUCCUCUUCCUGGUUAACUCUACUGUCUCUCUCUGGGGAUGGAUGGAUGGAUGGAUGGAUGGUGUGAGAGGAGAGAGGGAUGAUGGAGAUCUCACUGUGACCUGAGGCUGUUCUUUGUCUGUGUUUCUCUCUCUGCAGUACGCCAGGGAAACAGACCAGCUCAAUAAAAUCAACAGGAACGAGGGGAGGCAAAAGCUGUUCUCUCUGGACCCUGAAACACAGGUUAGGACCGUCUGUGUUGGACUCUAUUCAUCCCCAAUAUGUUUGUUAAUGUUGCUUAAGUCUAUUUUAAGCAGGUUUAUAGUAGGCAGUGUAUAGGUGUGUAUAGAUGCAUGAUAUGCCAUGUCUGUCUGGGCAGUCCCAGGGCCUGCUGGCUCAACUGGCAUCGAGUGAACCUCUCAGUUAGAGAAUGUCUGUGUUUGUAUAUUGUAUGUUUCCAUGGGGAUGGAUGCCAGAAGCUAACCACUGUUCCCUCCUCUCUCCUUCAUCUUUCUUCCCGACCUCCCUCUCCUCCCUCCUUACUUUCUCCCCCCUCCUUCCUCUCCCACCUCUCUCCUCCACUCUACUUUCCCCCUCUCCCUCCAUCUUUUUCCCUCCUCUCCUCUCCUCACCCAUCCCUCCCACCUCCUCCCUCUCCUCCCACCUCUUUCCCAUCCUCCUCUCCUCCUCCACUCCUCCUCUCCCCCCUCCUCUCCUCUCUCCAGAGGUUGGACUUCUCAGGUAUAGAGCCUGAUGUUAAGCCGUUUGAGGAGCGUUUCGGCCGGCGCAUCGCCGUCAGCUGCCAUGACCUCACCUUCAGCCUGCAGGGCUGUGCCAACGACAGGGGGGACGGGGUGCUCACCAACGUAAGGUCACACACACACACCCUAUCCUCCUGCUCCAACGUAGGUCGUAUAUGAGUAACGUACAACAGAGCACAGCAGAUCCAAAAUUGACAUCAGACUUAGUGUUUAUGUUGUAUAUUCAACUUUUUUUCAUAUCAAUUUUUGAUCUUUUAAGUAUAAAGAAUUAUGGUUAGAAUUUCAAGUAGUUAUGUUUUUUCCUAAAAUAUUGCACAUUUGAAAUACUUCAAGAUAGAUGGCCAAAUUGAUGUAUAGAGACCUAAGUCAUUAUCCACAUUCAGAUUCCCUGAUGAAUGAAGUAAGCAUUCUGUUUAGAGUGUGAGACGAAUGCAGAGCCUCUUUGGCAUGAGCCAGCAGUAUAGAACACAGUCCUCCCUCUCUCCCUCCUUCAGAGUGGAUUACAGUAGACAUAAAACACUGUGAUAAAUAACUUCAUGCCCACUAGAGCAUUUAUAGGUUCAGGGGAGGGGAAUAAGGGAAGUUGGCCUAGAUUUAUAUGGAGGGAAGUUGUUGCACUCCCCUCCUCUCCCCUUCUCUAGUCUCAAACUCACAUAGGCGAAAUGGUUCCUGGAAGAAGUGGGGUUGCCAUCAUUCAAGCUAGUAUGCUGAUGUCUACAGAAGUGCAAAUACACUCGUAUACACACACACACACACACACUCUCUUGUUUUUACUUCAUAAACACACACAUACACACCCUCUCCCAUCUCUCUGUUAUCCAGGUGGAGCCGUUCUUCAUCAGCCUGGCCCUGUUUGACGUGUCUAAGAGCUGUAAGAUCUCUUCUGACUUCCACGUGGACCUCAACCCUCCCUGUGUACGAGAGAUGCUGACCGACACCUCUCCACUCUCCCCUACAUCAGAGGGAGGUGGAGGAGGAGGAGGGGUGAAUGGAGGCGGGGUGAAUGGAGGAGGAGUGAAUGGAGGAGUGAACAGUGAUACAGGGAAAGGGAAUGGUCUGCCCAUUCUACAAAGGGUGUCUGAGUCUCUGCUGCAAUUCCCCACUCAGGUAGGACCAUAGUGACCUUAACUGACCUAUAUAAUAUAUUCUGUGUGUUGCAUUGUGUUUGUUUACACACAUACACACACACACUAAAUCAUGCUUGUGUAUCUGUAGAAAUGAUGGCGGCAUCACAGAAUCCCAAGAUUACAAACUAAGUCUCUCCCUUAUUUGAUAUGAUUACUUUAGAUGAUCAGUUGGUGGGACAGGGAUGACUGAAGAUGGCUUGAGAUUUGUUAGGAAAUAGUUUUUUUCUGAUGACCCACGAACCUGUCAGUAGGCAUUAGACAUCCAGAGAUGAGCCACUCCCGUCGGGGAUUGCAAGGUGUUGUCGUCAGCGGUGCUGGUUAACAGUGGCUGUCCUCUCCUCUUUCACCUAGUCCAUGAGGUGUCACAAUACUGCACAUCGUUGCAUUUACCCACAAUGCAGCGUGUGUGUGUGUGUGAGAGCAGUAGACUGAUUCUCCUGAUUUCGCUGGACUACCUCUGGUGUCUGGGGGAUUCUGUUGGUGCUACUAUGAACACGUCUUCGCAACCAGUACAUAAUCAGAAUGAUACCAUUGAUUUUCCCCCUUCAUUCAAAGCUUGUUGAGAUUCAGGCUGAGACUACACUGUUUACUAAGUCUGUUGUCCACAUGGUCGUAAACAUACAACAUAACUACAUCAUCCAUUGCUACAGCUACUACUUCCGUGCAACACUGUAGGAUUUUGACUAGAGGAUUUUCGUGUUAAUAAUCGGUUGAAUAUCUCAAAGCUUCAAAGUUGAUCUCCUUAACGUUAACUCGUCAUUAUACAGUAUUUGGGUAAAUGAGAACAGCAGCUAUGAAAUGUGUUCACGUUAACCUAUCUGUAUUGUAUAUAGCUAGUAUUACCAUUUCAAAGGCUAACUGCAAUAUCAAACUGCAAUAUCAAACUUGCUCUAGUAGCAGUGAAAUACACUCUCCCCUAGCCUGUUUUGCUAAACAGUUUGAAGCCAGUUGACUAGAAAAGAACAGUCUAGUGUGAUGUCCUAACACACCCGCGCACGCACGCACACACACUGCUGCUGGUCCCAUUUACAGGAUAACCCAGCCGCAGUAGCGUUGGAACCCAGCAAUAAAUCACAGUACCGGUGUUUCCCCUAUAUUUAUUUAGCAGUAGCGCGCCGUGGCGCACUUUUAAGAUCAAAGUGACACGUUACAACAUCAGAUCGUCCGAGAAACCUCUAAGGUAAUUAGCUACCUAGCUUGUAAUCCUGGAAGUGUAGCCAACUUUAUUUAUAAUAUGUAUGCCCCGGUCAGUGUAAACUUAAACUACUAAAACCAGAUAUAAAGUAUGUAGAAACGAUAAUGGAGCUCUAUAUUUGUUAAUAAGAUCAUCUUUGAGAACUAACAAUCACCCCAAAAUAAAAGACAUUCAGGGAGAAUCUAAAAUUAAAAAAAUGUCAUGGCAUGGGGCCCGUAUUGAUUUUGUUAUAAUGUUUGAGUCGCUCAGAUAGCAUAAGAACACGGCAUAAGCCAUGGAAAAAUGUGUAUAAUUGCAGGAAAUGUGCUUUAAAACUGCACAUUUUCUCUCAGCCCCAUUGCAAAAUGUGUAGAAUUGCAGGAAACAUUUUCUCUCCGCACAACAGCAAAACUUUAAAACAGCUAAAUGUUUUCUCUGCGGCCAAGAGGAGGGUCGCUAAAAUGUUUGGAUGGAGACAGCACCAUUGCCCACUGCAAUACUGCACCUCCCAUCCCCAGACAACAUGGAAACAUGACAGAGCUCUCUCUCUCUCUCUCUGGAGCAGAAAGAACACAGAUACACAGCAGAAAAUCCUGUGAGGUAGAAUGGAAAUACGUGUAAUAAAAUAUCUGGACCCAGAAACAGAAUGACAAACAGAAUAGAAUCAAUCAAGACAUUGAUCAUUCUCACUCUCGUUGGUCAAACGAUGCAUGCUGAUGACACAAAAAAACAGAACUUGAUUAAACUCUUGUCCAGUGUGUGUGUGGACCUAGCAAAGUCUAGCAGGACACAGAGAAAUAGAUAAUAGCCUACCUCUAUGAUUACUGUCUGAUUAUAGACUUGGAGACCAGCAGAUCACAGUGUAAUUGAGGUGCUGUUUGGGUGUAGUCCAAGGACAGCCUGCCCUCAGCCCUCAUCUCUCUACUGCACAACAGUCAGGGUGUGUCUCACUAGUACGGCUGCUAGCAGGCUCCCCUCAGUCUCACUCAGUGCCAACUUUAUAUUGUGAUUUAUGUAAAUCUGUUUUUGGUAGCAGAAUCAGUAGCUAGACCCCUGCGAGAGCAACUUAAUGCAACUUUUGGUCCGGAUUAUGUCAAAGCUGAUGUAUUGUUAAAGUGUUCCAAAUGUCUACUAAUGUGUCACGAUCUCCACUCUUACUGUGCUGCCACUCCCAGGAAGAACAUGUUUUUGCGUGUGUGUGUGUGUGUGCGUGUGUGUGUGUGUGUGUAUGUGUGUGUGUGUGCGUGACGCUCUGUGUAAGAGCCACGGUUGGCUUCAUCUCACUGACCCAAAAAUAGUUUCAACUCUGUUUGGGUUUCCUAUAUAACUUCGGCCACUAACAACCGACAGCCAACCACUUCCCAGCUCCAGGCUCUGUACAGGAGACAGUUGAUAAACUCUCACUCUUAAUAUGACUAGGAACUACUGUAGUCCUAAUGUCACAGUUUCAAACAGAAAAAUGAUGAAUACCUGCAAACUGUUUAAAUACAUCUAAAGCUUAAAUGCAACGUUUCUACCACACUGGGUCAUCAUUAGGCCUAACAGUCUCAAAUAGUCAUUUUUCCCUUCGUCUGUCUUCUCCAUCUUUCUUCCUCAUCCUUCUUUUACUCCAUCUAUCCUCUCUUCCUCAUCUCUCCUCCAGGGUAUCUUCUCAGUGACCAACCCCCAUGCUGAUAUUUUCCUGGUGGCCAGAGUGGAGAAGGUCCUACAGAAUGGGAUUACAUACUGUGCUGAGCCUUACAUCAAGACCUCAGACAUCAACAAGGUAUGUGUCUGUCUCUCUCUGUGUGUGUGUGUGUGUGUGUGUGUGUGUGUGUGUGUGUGUGUGUGUGUGUGUGUGUGUGUGUGUGUGUGUGUGUGUUGUGUGUCUCCCUUCAGACAUCAACAAGGUCUUCUGCCACCACUGUGUUUGCCUGGGUUGUGUGUAUUCUGUCAUGGCGGAGAGAGCUACUGUUAAAGUGUCUUGUUUAACUUGUUUUAAACUGAAUUGCUUCCCAUGUUUUGCCUAUUUUGAUCUUGUUUCCAACAUGAUCAUUUGAGUAGCUGUGCCACUGUUAUAAAUCAUGUUAUUACCUUUUCAUUAACUUGUUACUGUUAUUAAAUUGGACUCAUUCUCUGUGUUCCAAUCCAGACAGCCCAGAAGGUUCUGAAGGCUGCCAAGCAGACGUGUCAGCGCCUGGGCCAGUAUAGGAUGCCCUUCGCCUGGGCUGCCAAGUAAGACACAGCUCUCAUACACUGUAAAACACAUAAAUCAGAUGUAAAACUGUGGAAUAAUUGACUCACUAUUUGGGAAAUAAUGUUUACUGUCCUCAGGCAGUGUGGCGAUUUAUUUGCAACCUCAGGUGUCUUCAUUUGAAUAUUUACCUGCAUUUUACUAUGUACAUCCUCCUUACACGUAAACAUGAUCCUGUCUCUGUUGUCUCAGGCAAGUGUUUAAAGAUGCCCAGGGCAGUCUGGACAUGGACGGGAAGUUCUCUCCUCUCUAUCGCCAGGACAGCAGCAAGAUCUCCACCGAUGACCUCAUCAAGAUGCUGGCAGAUAUCAGGAAGUGAGUCAUCAAUUAGAUGUGAUGAUUGUGACUGUACACUAUUAGAAAAAAAGGUGCAAUCUAGAACCAAAAGGGUUCUUCAGCUGUCCCCAUAGGAUAACCCUUUGAAUAACCUUUUUGGUUGCAGGUAGAACCCUUUUGGUUCCAGGUAGAACCCUUUUGGGUUCCAUGUAGAACCUUUUCUACAGAGGGUUCUACAUGGAACCCAAAAGGGUUCUACCUGUAGCCAAAAAAGGGUUCUCCUAUGGGGAUAGCCGAAGAACCGAAUAACCCUUUUUUCUAAGAGUGUACAGUAUAGGUGGUUUAGUGUGCUGGCUGGACUACGUACAUUUCAGUCGGUAUCCUAGUGUCUGUUGGCACUGCAGGCGUACAUACUUAUAGUGUUAUGACUGUUUCAUACACUUUCACCCCUUCAGGCCAGAGAAGAGCAAGCUGCAGACUAUCCCUGGACAGCUGAAUGUCACCAUCGAGUGUGUGCCUCCGGACUUCUCAAGUGGGUAGUUUUGCCCUGUUUUCCGCUGUUUACAUUUGAUUGAACAAUAUUGAGCGGUUGACUGACAAUCGUACUACAUAAUCCAUUACAUUGGUUGAUAAUGUCACUAACGUCCUCCCUGUUCUCCCUCAGACACGGUGACCUCGUCCUACAUUCCAGUCAAGCCCUUUGAGGAGAAGUGUGAGAGGGUCUCAGUGGAGAUGGAGGAGUUUCUCCCUGAGGAGGCCAAGUAUAACUACCCCUUCACUGUCUACAAGAACCACCUGUAUAUCUAUCCCCUGCAGCUCAAAUAUGACAACCAGAAGACCUUCGCCAAGGUGGGGGAAAGGAGGAAGGGGGGAGGGAGGGUGGGAGGGGGGAGGGAUGUAGGGAAGAGAGAGAUAUAUUGUUUUGCAAAAAAAAAUGGUGUGCAGAUAACAACAACAAGCUGAUUUGCAAGUACAGUACAUCUACUGAACAAAAAUAUGAACGCAACAUGUAAAGUGUCCCACAUUUCAUGAGCUGAAUUAAAAGAUCCCAGAAAUGUUUCAUACGCACAAAAAGCUUAUUUUUCUCAAAUUUGUUUACAUCCCUGUUAGUGAGCAUUUCUCCUUUGCCAAGAUAAUCCAUCUUCCUGACAGGUGUGGCAUAUCAAGAGGCUGAUUAAACAGCAUCAUCAUUACACAGGAUAAAAGGCCACUCUAAAAUGUGCAGUUUUGUCACAACACAAUUCCACAAAUGUCUCAAGUUUUGAGGGAGCAUGCAAUUGGCAUGCUGACUGCAGGGAUGUCCACCAGAGCUUUUGCCAGAUAAUUUAAUGUCAAUUUCUCUACCAUAAGCCGCCUCCAAGGUCGUUUUAGAGAAUUUGGCAGUAUGUCCAACCAGCCUCACAACCACAGACCACGUGUAACCACGCCAGCCCAGGACCUCCACAACCGGCUUCUUCACCUGCGUGAUCGUCUGAGACCAACCACCCGGACAGCUGAUGAAACUGAGGAGAAUUUAUGUCUGUAAUAAAGCCCUUUUGUGGAAAGAAAAACUCAUUCUGAUUGGCUGGGUUCAGUAUACAUUGAGUUCAGUGGGUCAUUGUGUUUACAGCUCACAUUAUCACUCACAACUGUCCUCCUUCCUGGGUUGAGUUAUUGUAUUGACUGAAGUGUCUUUUAUCCUUCCAGGCAAGAAACGUAGCCGUGUGUGUACAGUUCAGAGACUCUGACGAAGAAGGCGCGGCCCCUCUAAAGGUGAGCGUUUGGAUGAUACUGUAAUGUCUGAUCUAGUGAAAAUGACUGGGAUCCCCAGGAGAGAAGACAAACUUUUGACAAAGUUCAAGUUAAACUACAGUGGAGUGGCGGAAAAAAGAGGAGAGAAAAUACCUCUUACAGAAGCUUAGCCAGUUAUUACAGCUGGCUAGGAGAGGAAAUGAGAGCUCUCUCUCUGUCUCCUUCUUUCUCUCUCUCUCUGUGAGGGGAGAGAGCGAAGAGGUAUCUAGGGAGAAGUGAGGAAGAGAGAGAGAGUCGCGCUAGAGGCUCGGGUCGUCCGCCUCGCGAGGAAGAGGGCGAAGGAGGGAGAGCGCGAGAGAGGGGAGAGGAGGGCACGAAGGGCGCGUUCGCGCUCGCCGAUUCGUCGCGAUCUCCGCAUCGGGGAGGACUCGCGAGACAAGUUAGCGCGGAAGGAGGGCUCAGAGAGGGGGUCGAAGAGAGAGCGAGGCGAGAGGAGAUCGAAGGAGGAGGAGGGGGAGUCGGGGGGACAGCGUCCGGAUUCCUUAUCUCUCGUCUCCUCAGGUGAUCUCUCCUCUCUCUUCUCUCCUUCUCUCUCUUCGUCUUCGUCUUCUCCCUCUCUCUCUCUCUCUCUCUCUCUCUCUCUCUCUCUCUCUCUCUCUUUCUCCCUCUAUCUCUUUCUCUCUCUCGCUCUCUCUCGUUGUGGAACAUCCGCACACGUCGAAUAUUUGUGGGUGGAAACCUCCAUCAAACGACCAUGGAAUUUUUUUUCUCCACCAGACAGAAUCUCUCACUGUUCACUGCACUCAAACAGGCUUCCACAGAACCAGUGAGCCAGAUUAUUUAUCACACAGUCUGGCUAGGAACAAAGUAUUUUCUCAGGCAGAAUAAAGUGUUUACAAACAGCAGGUUCGGGCCAACAUCACAACACACCUUUCCAUUGAGCACACAGCGGAAACCAGCUAGCGCAGUUCCUGGACUUUACACUGGCUCUGAUAGAAGGAACGAUAGCCCAUGUCACACUGUACUGUAGGUUUCUGGUGCUGUAUGAAUUCAUUACUAUAUUACUGCUUCAGGUGGAGACAACAUUACAUAUAAUGCAUUCAAAACAUUCUAAUUACCGCACUAAAUUGACCUCUGCCUGGACUAGCAUUGAGUUUUACCCUCAGUACCUUACCCCACAAAAGGCCAUCCCGUCCAGCCCAGGGUCAGAGGAUCUAUCUGGGUCAGGGCCACAUCACACGCCUGGGCUUUGGCAGCUCAGCCUGCCCCCUCCUCCUUCCCUCUCCUGGGUCUCCACUCCACUUAGUUUAGUUCUGUUUAAACUCUCACCUCUUACAUACUACAUUCUCACCUCUAACUAACUUACACUGGUGAACAAGCUCGUCUUCCUCGUUGUUCGUAGCUGUGGUUUGCUUGUGUUGCAAGUAUUUGAGGUGUGAUUGUACGGUUCUUUAACAGCAUUUCGGUCUAAUUAUUAGCAUUGCUGUCAUCUUACUCACUGACAUGCCCAUACAACAUCAGCAGAUGAGCAGUAGAUUCAUAAUAAUGUGUGUGUGUGUGUUUCAGUGUAUCUACGGAAAGCCAGGAGAGACACUCUUCACCACCAGUGCCUAUGCGGCCGUCCUCCACCACAACCAGAGCCCUGAGUUUUAUGACGAGGUCAGUGAACAAUUUGCAUAAUAAACCUGGCCUUUUCCCUGAUUUGCUAUGCUACAUCAAUUACUCCCUGCAAUUGUUACUGGUACUGUAUUGUGUUGAAGUCCUCAGUGGCCAAAGUCCAGUCAUUAGGGCUGGGUAAAUCCUAUAAUCUAGCUCAAGAGCGGGGGGCUCCGGACUGGCUCACGCUGGGCUGGUCUGACACCCAUCAGAGGGAGGGAGAGAAGGAGGGAGGGAGAGAGAGAGGUGAGAUCAGGACACUGUCACAGACACAGAGAUGUAGACUGGGGAGGGGGGCCAUCUGGUCUAUGGUAUAGGGAUUAGAACACACCUUCCAAGACCCCUUCACUGCUCUGAUCUCUCUAUUAAUCUGGACUGCUGCUUUGGUAAUGAGUUACUUUAUCAGGGAGACCUGUUUCAACGAGCUUUUAAGGGAAAGGACCACACUAUUUGUUGUGACACAUAACCAAGUCAUACUCGACUCCAGGUUGGAAUUUGAUGAAUGAAAGAAGCAAAUGUUAAUGGAUAGGCUCACUGUGUGUCAUUUCCUCUGACACAGAGCACAUGUGCAGGCAGGCUGAACAUUCUACUACGCACUCUUGCUGCCCCCUAGUGGUAACGAUAGGAAUCGUUUUGCUUUGGUUUAGUCUAACUAUUUCUGACAGUCAGAAAUAUGUACAGUUGUACUAGAAUGAUAGGUUUGUGACUCAUCUGGGGUAUUCUAGAGGCAGUUCCAGAAGGACUUUUUUAUUUAAAAAUCUUUGGUCAAGUGAGAUGACAAUUUGAAAACACUAACGUCCAUGUUGAUUGUGUAUCUAUCUGUGCAGGUAAAGAUUGAGCUGCCGGUCCAUGUCCAUGAGAAACACCACAUCCUAUUUACCUUCUACCACAUCAGCUGUGAGAUCAGUACCAAGACCAGCACCAAGAAGAGAGAGGGAGUCGAGUCCCUGGGUAAGACUAGGAGCGGUGUGUGUGUGUGUGUGUGUGUGUGUGUGAGUGUGUGUGUGUGCGCGUGUACAUGUACACGUGCCUGUGUGUGUGUGUGUGUGUGUGUGUGUGUGUGUGCGUGCGUGUGUGUGUGUGUGUGUGUGUGUGUGUGCGUGUGUGUGCGCGUGUACAUGUACACGUGCCUGUGUGUGUGUGUGUGUAUCUUCCUCCAUUACCUUACCUGUCCAUCCCUCACUCUGUAACAGUGGGCUAUUCCUGGGCCCCCCUGAUGAAGGACGGCAGGAUGCAGUCUAUAGAGCUACAGUUGCCUGUGUCUGCCACCCUGCCCUCUGGAUACCUGUAUGACAAGACCCAGGACGCCAAGAAGGUACAAGCCUCUGUUCACUGGAGAACAGCUGGGGGUCAGGGAAGAGGUUUCCCCUGCUUGUAUGCUAGUGACAAAUGACUGAGAUGACACUGAUUAAAAUAUGAAAACAUUUGGAGAAAGAGUUAUGCAGACGACUACAAUCAUACUGUUGUAUUUAUGUGUUGUCACCCUUACAGUCAGCACCGGAUAUAAAAUGGGUAGAAAACAGCAAGCCACUGUUCAAAGUGAAGACCAAUGUAGCGUCAACAAUAUACCCCCAGGUAUGUCUUCUACCUGCCAACAUUAAACCAACUUGGCCGAGCUGUUGUAACAAAUACGCCAUCAGACAUCUGUGUUCUGUAUUUCCCUGUGUAGGAUCUGCACCUCCACAAGUUCUUCCAGCACUGCCAGCUGAUGAGGUCCUCUUCAGAGGGCAACCCAGCAGAACUCAUCAAGUAUCUAAAGGUAAGAGAGACACUCCUGCUGUGGAGUCUCUUUACACUGUCACUUUGUAUUGCUGUCUCUCUUUGACUUUUUCUCCCCCUCUCCCUCCUUUCUCUCUCCAUUUCUCUCUUUCUCCAUCUUUCUCCCUCCCUCCCUCCCACCCUCCCUCCCUCUCGCUCUCUCAGUGCUUGCAUGCCAUGGAGACUAAGGUCAUCAUUAAGUUCCUACCCACUGUGCUGAUGCAGCUGUUUGAGGUCCUCAACACAGCAACCAAAGAAGCCACCGAAAUCGCUGUCAACUCCACCCGGUGAGUCUGACCUCUGACCCUGUGAUGUCAUCAUGGUCUGACCCAAUGACAUAGUGACAUAGACAUAGUCAUGGUUUGUGAAAGUGAGUUAUAAAUGUUAUUUUUUUUUUGGAAACGUUAAUUAAAUGGAUAUAUGCUGAGUUACGUAAUGAUCAUGUUCUAUUCCUUCAGUGUGAUUAUACACAUUGUUUCCCGGUGCCACGAGGAGGGACUGGAAAACUACCUGCGCUCUUUUCUCAAGGUAUAACACAAGAGAGUCAGUCACUAGUGACCAGAAUUAAGCCUAGAAUCAAGGCCUGGUCCUUGCCUUAGCUAUGAUUAUAAAGGGUGAUGCAUUUUCAGUUGAAAGUAACUCAAAGUUCAUGCAUUUCUUUUUGGGGAUAAUGUUGAACUUGGAUACAUUUUUAAUACCAUGAAAAGUGAUAAUGUAAAAGUUGUGUAUUAAUGCCUAUCUUUGUUGUGUGUCCCCAGUAUGUGUUUGUGAACAACAGCCCAGUGUCUGGGAACUCUGGGACCACUCAUGAGGUUCUGGCCACCGCCGUUACAGCCAUCCUCAAACAGACAGCAGACUUCAACACCAGCAACAAGCUACUCAAGGUGUGUGUGUGUGUGUGUGUUUGUGUGUGUGUGUGUGUACCGAAAAUCCCCACAAGGACAAAGGCUAUUAAAAGUUUAGGGGUUAGGUUUAGGGUUAGGGUUACAAUUAGGGUUAGGGUUAGGAGUUAUUGUUAGGGUUAGGAUUAAGGUUAGGGGUUAGGGCAAAUAGGAUUUUGAAUGGAAAUAAAUGUUAGUUCCCCAUAAGGAUAGUAAAACAUAUGCGUGUGUUUGUGUGUGCGUGUGUGGGUACCGGAAAACCCCCCAAAUUCUCCAUUGUGGGGACAUUUCCCAGGUCCCCACAAGGACAAAGGCUAUUAUAAGCUUAGGGGUUAGGGUUAGGUUUAGGAUUGAGGUUAGUGGUUAGGACAAAUAGGAUUUUGAAUGGAAAUAAACGUUAGUUCCCCAUAAGGAUAGUAAAACAUAUGUGCGUGUGUGUGUGUGCGAGCCAGCGUGCGUGCGCUUUUACUUGUCACGCUCAAUAAGAAAAUUGCGAUUCCCAUACUGACCAGCAGGUAGCACCAGCCACUAGUUCCUUGAAAGAGAAGGUCGAUUCCCAACAUUAUUAUGUCACCACUAAGCAUGUUUUCACAAGCCUUUUCAAAACGCAUUAUUUGUGUGCAGUUUACUAUCUGUUAUUACUAUACCCAGGACCCAGGCCCAUAUUAUAGAGCCCAUUGGUGUUUUGACUUUUGUCAGACUGUUGAUACGAUCUCUCUUAGUAAGUGUGCGUCCCAAAUGGUACCGUAUUCCAUUUAUAGUGCACUACUUUUGACCAGCGCUCUGGUCAAAAGUAGUGCACUAUAUAGGGAAUAUGGUGCCGAUUGGGAUGUGGUCUAAAUGCUUCACUAUUGAGGAGUCCAACGUCUUCUGUCCCUCGUCCUCUUUUCUAGUAUUCCUGGUUCUUCUUCGAGACGAUGGCCAAGUCCAUGGCCCAGUACCUGCAGGAGGGCAACAGGAUCAAGGUUGGCAAAUGUUCUACUCUGAUUAAGGGUUUAUCUUCUGUCCCACAUUAAAGAUUGUGUACACAAACACACGCGCACACACCAGCUAUCACUGGAAAGCCCUCAGGUGUGGUUAUGAAGAUUAGAGAGUUAUCCGUCUUGUACAUGCAAAUAUUUCUCUGUCCAGGGCCAGGGUGUGUCAGUUCAUUCUCUCUUUCAUCACCGGGAAAAUGUGGCAAUGAAUUCUUCCUCAUUCUACAUGCAUGUGUCUCUUGUGCACCGCAACCACACACGCACAUACCCUCCCAGAAAUAACCCUCCAGCUUCCUUCCACUCCCAUACAAGUAUUUCUGUUCUCCUUUUUUUCCGGAAAGUUUUUAACUUUUAGUUAAAGUUCAGUUGAUGAUAGGGAUACUCCUACUCAUACUCUUAUCUUGCCAAAAGUUUAUAAACAGUCCCAGUCAAAUCCAGACUGAGGCCUCUACUGCAGCACCUCUAAGAUAAACCAAGGUUGCUGAAAUAGAAAAGUUGAGGAUGUUACAAGCUGUGCACAUUUCAUAUUUAACCUCUUAGCCAGCCUUCUAUUGAGAAAGAAACCUGUUUCUCAAUGAGUAGAAGAGUACACUUCUUCCUUCCUCCCAUUCUAUUAGGUAAUAUAAGAUACAGCUCUGGAAAGAAUUAAGAGACCACUGCAAAUCUUUCUUAAAUCAGCAUCUCUACAUGUAUGACAGCCAUUCCAUUCCAGUGUCUGUUGAAUUACAACACAGGCACACCUCAUUCUACUGAAUUAGGUACUGAUUAGGUGAUCACUUGAACCAAAUGUUAUUUAACAAGGAAAAGUAUAAAAACCACUGCUGUGGUCAUCACUAUCCUAUUGCAAUAGGGCCAGCUGGAUGGCAAAAACAGUGCUAAUAGUACCUCAAAAGUAAUAUUAAACCAAAAAUAACUAUUGACCAUAGUUUUGAGUGAGAAAAAGAAGGGUUCAAUUCUGGCUUUACUGGCAGAGGGCGGUUCAUAAGAACAAGGUCAAGCAGCAGACAUUGCGGACAACAAAGCUACAGACCGGCAGAGGGUGAAAAUGACUCUCUACUGACCGGGAUGUCCACCAACUCAUUCGAAUGUCACUCAACAACCGUAGGAUGACAUCAAGUGACCUACAAAAAGAAUGGCAAACGGCAGCUGUGUUGAAGUGCAUGGAGAGGACGGUUCGAAACAGGCUCCUAGGGGCAGGGCUGAAGUCGUGCAAAGCUAGAAAAAAGCCCUUCAUCAAUGAGAAGCAAAGAAGAGCCAGGCUGAGGUUUGCAAAAUACCAUAAAUAUUGGACCGUAGAGGACUGGAGUAAGGUAAUCUUCUCUGAUGAGUCCAAUCUUCAGCUUUGCCCAACACCUGGUCGUCUAAUGGUUAGACGGAGACCUGGAGAGGCCUACAAGCCACAGUGUCUCGCACCCACUGUGAAAUUUGGUGGAGGAUCUGUGAUGAUCUGGGGGUGCUUCAGCAAGGCUGGAAUCGGGCAGAUUUGUCUUUGUGAAGGACGCAUGAAUCAAGCCACGUACAAGGUUGUCCUGGAAGAAAACUUGCUUCCUUUUGCUCUGACAUUGUUCCCCAACUCUGAGGAUUGGUUUUUCCAGCAGGACAAUGCGCCAUGCCACACAGCCAGGUCAAUCAAGGUGUGGAUGGAGGACCACCAGAUCAAGACCCUGUCAUGGCCAGCCCAAUCUCCAGCCCAAUCUCCAGACCUGAACCCCAUUGAAAACUUCUGGAAUGUGAUCAAGAGGAAGAUGGAUGGUCACAAGCCAUCAAACAAAGCCGAGCUGCUUGAAUUUUUGCGCCAGGAGUGGCAUAAAGUCACCCAACAUUAAUGUGAAAGACUGGUGGAGAGCAUGGCAAAUGUACAAAAUCAGCAGGGGAUCAAAUACUUUUUUCCCUCACUGUAUGGGCCCGUUUCUGAGGCCAUUUAGUUCUACAGUUCUACACGCUGCUCGCCAGCUCCACACUAAAAUCUUAGAAAGAAAUUGUGCUGUCUAGAACCUAAAAGGGUUCUUCGGCUGUCCCCGUAGAAGAAGCCUUUUUGGUUCCAGGUGGAACCCUUUUGCGAUCCAGGCAGAAACCUUUUGGGUUCCAUGUAGAACCCUUUCCACAGAGGGUUCUACAGGCAACCCAAAAGGGUUCUACCUAGAACCAAAAAGGGCACCCUAUUCUACCUAGAACCAAAUGGCACCCUAUUCCUUAUGUAGUGCACUACUUUUGAGCAGGGCCCAUAGAAAAUAGGGUGCCAUUUAGGACCGAAGCACUGCUGCAACGUGUUAUAUUUUACCGCGAACACUGCAGCAGAAGUUAACUUCUUCAUCAGACCAGAGGACAUUUCUCAUUUCUCUUCUUUGGAGCAGUGGCUUCUUCCUUGCUGAGUGGCCUUUCAGGUUAUGUCGAUAUAGGACUCGUUCUACUGUGGAUAUAGAUACUUUUGUACCUGUUUCCUCCAGCAUCUUCACAAGGUCCUUUGCUGUUGUUCUGAGAUUGAUUUGCACUUUUCGCACCAAAGUAUGUUCAUCUCUAGUAGACAGAACGCAUCUCCUUCCUGAGUGGUAUGAUGGCUGCGUGGUCCCAUGGUGUUUAUACUUGAAGACUAUUGUUUGUACAGAUGAACGUGGUACCUUCAGGCGUUUGGAAAUUGCUCCCAAGGAUGAACCAGACUUGUGGAGGUCUACCAUUUUUAUUCUGAGGUCUUGGCUGAUUUCUUUUGAUUUUCCCAUGAUGUCAAGCAAAGAGGCACUGAGUUUGAAGGUAGGCCUUGAAAUACAUACACAGGUACACCUCCAAUUGACUCAAAUGAUGUCAAUUAGCCUUGUGAUACAGUGAAUUAUAAGUGAAAUAAUCUGUCUGUAAACAAUUGUUGGAAAAAUUACUUGUGUCAUGCACAAAGUAGAUGUCCUAACCGACUUGCCAAAACCAUAGUUUGUUAACAAGACAUUUGUGGAGUGGUUGAAAAACGAGUUUUAAUGACUCCAACCUAAGUGUAUGUAAACCUCUGACUUCAACUAUAUAUAUAUAUAUAUUACAUCUGCAAUUUUGCCCGAAUCUUAACUUGAGAUCCUCAAAUCCACACACUAUAGAUCCAAAGAGCAACCAUUGAGCUCAAUAGGUUUGUGUGAAAAUCCACGUUACACACACAGACCCAAGUUGGAUUAAUUCAUUAUUUAUUUGUCUAAAAGAUGCAACAUUUAGUUUACUUUGGUCUUAUUGAACUGAAUAUGUUUUACCAGAUGCCCCGUGCCCAGAGGUUUCCAGACAGUUUCCACCAGGCCCUCCAGUCCCUGCUACUGUCCAUCAUGCCUCACAUCACCAUCCGCCACGUUGAGAUCCCAGAGGAGGCCCGCUGUGUCAACCUCAGCCUGGCUGGCUUCAUCAAGGUAAGGCCUCCAUACACUACAGGCCCCAAUAUAUUACCUGAACCACACAGGACAGAAAUAAUACCAAAGACAAAAAAGGAAUCUACUGUUGAUAUCACAGGAGGUUGGUGGCACCUUAAUUGAGGAGGACGUGCUCCUGGUAAUGGCUGGAGCAGAAUCAGUGGAAUGGUAUCAAAUACAUCAAAAACGUUGUUUCCAUGUGUUCGAUGCCAUUUUGUUCGCUCUGUUCCAGCCAUUAUUAUGAGCUGUCCUCCCCUCAGCAAUCUCCUGUGGUUGAUAUGAAGGUCCAGGUUGAACACACUACUCCCUUCUGAUAGCAACGAUAAUGAGUGGUGAAUUCAGUGUACUGUAAGUCAGGCACUGUAUAUGAAAGAAGUUCUUGGUGUGCUUAGUUGGUUAGUCCUGGUCUUCUAAAUGCCCUAAUCUGUGUUCCCCUUCCACAGCGCUGUCUCACCUUCAUGAACAGAGGCUUUGGCUUCAGCCUGAUCAACGACUACAUGUGUGGCUUCACACUUAAAGACCCCAAGGUACUGGACACAACAACCACUCUUCUCUACUAUUGCUGAUAAUGUAUUCUUAAUUCAACAGGGGAACAACAACACAGCCCUGUAUACAGGCUAUUGACAGUAGAUGUGUUGUGUGUGGCACUGGUAGUCAAAUAUGCUUUAGCAUAUUUGACUAACUGAUUAAAAUCAACAUAAUAUUUUUCCAUAAAAAAUUAUGGAAAUCCUCUAAUAUUUUUUUAUUUUUAGGAUGAAAAUAAUAUCUUGUUUGUUCAUCUUUAGUUUUAGUAUGAGUGUAAUCUUAGAGAUGUUUUGUAAUACUGGAGUUGUUUGUUGACUGACAGGUCUUGACGGAGAUGAAGUUUGACUUCCUCAUGACGGUGUGUAACCACGAGCACUACAUCCCGCUUAACCUGCCCAUGGCUUUUGGACGCACCAAGCUGCAGAGAGUUCAGGGUAAGCUGCUCUCACGCCAUGCUCCUCUGUCUGGUCAACCUGCAUUUGCUCCCUGCCAGUGCUACACACAUAUUACAGGGAUGCACAACUUAGGCCUUCCUGUUCUGCAGUGCUGCUGGUUUUCCUUUGUCCUGGUCACUUAAAGGGAAAUUUCACCACUUUUCAACCUCAUACUCAUCCUCAAUAUGAGUUUGAAAAGUGGUGAAAAUUCCCUUUAAUGUAUCAAUUAUUGUAACUGAUGGCAAAAACCAGCAUACACUAUGAGGACCAAAGCUGUGCAUGUAUGAUCUGUUACAUCACCCUCACCUACAAACCACAACCCCCCCCCACUAAUCUGCCUCAUUGGUUUGGCCCACGCACCAGUUCACACACAAGUCUAUUACAGAGCAGACCAUGUGGAGUCCAGCAAAAGAGGGUUGUAAAAGGAAUUCUAUGAAUGAUUUUCACCCCACCACAGCGAUAGUGUGUUCUGAUAAUACUAAUGCAUGGAAUGUUCAUUUAAUUUCCUCAUAUUUCUCCUCCCUCUUGUUUUGUUUUGUUUUGCUUGUGGUCGUUAGAUUUUAUUUCGUACGCGACGGAGAUUUUUGGCGCAGUAGGUAGGUGAUGCCUCCACAACAUCAACCGACACGUUUGCCGUUUGAACGCCAACUGACACCGCACGCCAUUAACCCAUUUCUGCUAGCCCCGUCUAUCCAGGACACUCAUUCAUUCACUCUUUAUGAUUGCUAACAUCCUCCAUACCACCUGCUUCGGCCAAUGCUUUGUAGUGGCCUGGAGUUUGUCACACUUCUUGCUAGCUUGGAUCGUGGAAAUCAAAUGACUUUUCUUCUCUUGAAUGUUUUGAUUGAUGAUUUCAGACUUGAAAGACGAGGGGAGAGUCUUUCAUGCUCCUCUGCCUGUGGGACUGCUGCAUUCUCUCUCUCUCUCACACUCUCUUUCACUCUCUCUUUCCUCUUUCUUCUCUCUUUCUUUCUUUCUUCCUUUCUUUCUUUCUCUCAAUCUCUCAAUCCUCUCAAUCUCUCUCUUUCUCUCUUUCUCUCGCUCACUCGCUCUCUCUCUUUCUCUCUCUCUCUCUUUCUCUCUUUCUCUCGCUCGCUCGCUCUCUCUCUUUCUCUCUCUCUCUCUCUCUCUCUCUCUCUCUCUCUCUCUCUCUCUCUCUGUCUGUCAUUCCAACUCUCUAAUUGUAUUAGUCAUGUCUGACUGUAGUAAAGCACCAUUAACAGUUCAGAGAGAAACUGAGGGGAACUCAGAAAACAACUUGUGUGGGAUAUUUUAAACAACUUUCUUAAAACACACAAUAUUGAAGCAAUAACACUCACACGUUAUAUUUUACUGUAGUGGAGAGAUGUCUUUGGCCUAAACCUACACAUAAAGCCUACAUCUCUAAACAUUUUAUAUUCAUUUUUACAUUUGAUAUGUACAGGUAACUACCAAAAUAAUGGAAACACUUGAGUAAAUGAGGGAUACAAAGUAUAUUGAAAGCAGGUGCUUCCACACAGGUGUGGUUCCUGAGCUAAUUAAGCAAUUAACAUCCCAUCACGCUUAGGGUCAUGUAUAGAAAUGCUGGGCAGGCCAUUAUUCAGGCCAUUAAUUUGGCCACCAUGGCUAUGCCCCCAUAGGAUGACAAUGCCCCCAUCCACAGGGCACGAGUGUUCACUGAAUGGUUUGAUGAGUAUGUAAAUGAUGUAAACCAUAUGCCAUGGCCAUCUCAGUCACCAGAUCUCAACCCAAUUGAACACUUAUGGGAGAUUCUGGAGCAGCGCCUGAGACAGCGUUUUCCACCACCGUCAACAAAGCACCAAAUUAUGGAAUUUCUCGUGGAAGAAUGGUGUCGCAUCCCUCCAAUAGAGUUCCAGACACUUGUAGAAUCUAUGCCAAGGUGCUUUGAAGCUGUUCUGGCUCGUGGUUUAUUUAUAAAGGGUUCAUGCUUUCACAGGUUUUUCUCUGAUUUCCCUAAUUAGAGGUGGUGAUGUUUUGCAUUGGAGAAUAAUGUUGCUGAGUCAGUGUGUUCAACAUGUGAUGAUGUCGCGUUCCUCCCUAGAAUUUGUCGGAGACGUCGUUCCAUGAGUGAAACAACAGGAUAUAUACCAUGUCACUUGAAUGCUACCAUUCAGUCCCAUGUUAAAUAGUUUGGUUGAUUGAAGUAAAAGAUGCACCCCUUUAUAUUACAGCAGGGUAGACUGCACCUGCUGCUAGUACCUGUGUGUAUUCCCUAUGUAGUGCACUUAUUUUCACCGGAGCACCCUAUUCCCUAUAUAGUGAACUGCUUUUGGUCAGGGAAUAGGUUAGGGUGUGAUUUGGGACAUGACCUAACCAUGUUGACCUAUGACCUCAGAUCAGAGCCUGGAGUCUGCGCUGACGGAGGAUUACUGUAAGAACCACUUCCUGGUUGGUUUGCUGCUGAGGGAGGUGGCCGAGGCCCUGCAGGGGUCACCAGAGGUCAGACAGCUGGCCGUGGCCGUCCUGAAGAACCUGCUCAUCAAACAUGCCAUGGAUGACCGUUACACCCAGUACAAGGUGAGGAGGAGGGGGGAGACAGACAGACCACUUCACCCAGUACAAGGUGAGGAGGAGGGGGGAGACAGACAGACCACUCCACCCAGUACAAGGUGAAGAGGAGGGGGGAGACAGACAGACCACUACACCCAGUACAAGGUGAAGAGGAGGGGGGAGACAGACAGACCACUACACCAGUACAAGGUGAGGAGGAGGGAGACAGACAGACCACUACACCCAAUAAAAGGUGAGGCGGGGAAGGAGGAGGAGGCGGGGGGAGACAGACAGACAGAACCACUACACCAGUACAAGGUGAUGGAGGGGGGGACAAGACAGGACCACUACACCCAGUACACAGGUGAGGGAGGGAGUGGGGGGGAGACAGGACCAGACCACUACACCCAGUACAAGGUGAGGAGGAGGAGGAGGAGGAGGGGGGGAGACAGACAGACCACUACACCCAGUACAAGGUGAGGAGGGGGGAGACAGACAGACCACUACACCCAGUACAAGGUUGGGAGGGGGAGACAGGACAGACCCACUAACCCAGUACAAGGUGAGGCGUAGGGGGGCGACAGCAGGACCACUACACCCAGUACAAGGUGAAGAGGGGGGAGACAGACAGACCACUACACCAGUACAAGGUGAGGAGGAGGGAGACAGACAGACCACUACACCCAGUACAACGUGAGAGAAACAGCAGUCGUGAGUGAGUGAGUGACAGACAGACAGACAGACAGAGAGAGAGAGAGAGAAACAUCACCCUGUAACACAAGGAAAGGCCAUAGGCUGUUUCUAAAGGGAUAUUUAAUAGGAAAGCAGAAAGGUGAGGGGGAGAGAGGGACAAAAUUCAGAAGCCUUUUUAAACCUCAAAUACACUACAAGUUAAACAUUUUCUGAAUUGCAGCAAAGUUCUCCUGCAACCGGGUGAACAAAUUAAGAUCCUACAUCUGUAGUUUUGAAUAUACGUUUAUAAAGGUAAAUGAACAGAGUGUUCACACAGCCGCGGGGGAAACUGUCCGAGUCGCUGUUUUGGAAAUGAAUAACUAGACUAGUUAACUAGAGUAAGGAGUGUUCACUGUCUCUCCUGACCCAAGAUAAGAAGAAAUAUAUUAUGCAAAUCCACAUUGUAGAUCCAAAUAGUCGCUGGCAGCCGAGCAGUGUGUUGAUAGAACGGCCGGCUUUCGAAUAGUCCUCCUCUAAAGAUACAGUAGAUAAUAGUUGUUUUAGUUGACACAGAUCGUGACAGUCUCACACAGUAGUGUUGUACAGUAUGUUACUGUUCCAUAGACCACACAGAUCCAGUUGGCGUGCCUACAACACACUGUGUAUGCAAAUUGAACAACAAUAAAGUUUGUUGGAAAAACACAUUCACUUGUUACCCUAUUCCCCCCUCCCCCCUCUGUAUGUCAGAAUCAGCAGGCCCGUAUCUGUCUACUGUACCUGCCACUGCUGGAGCUGCUCUACCAGAACCUCAAACAGCUGUCUGCCCAGCAUCACACUUCCAGCCCUGGCCUGGGCUUCACUGUGAGUCCCCCCCUACCGUCCACCCCUGGACGUCCAGGUUUACUCUAUCUGGUCUCAUGACCUAUCAGUCAUAUAUUGGCCUUUUGGAGUUUGGAUGAAAAUUAUGAAUUGGAAUUUCAGUUUAUUUCCUGAAUUGACUGAAUUGAAAUAGAAUUGACCCCAACCCUAUGAUUGUCCUGUGCUCUUCCAGGGCUCCAGAGAUGACUUGAGAUCAACCGGCUUGAUGGACAGCCGCAGGACCAGCACGGCCAUCGAUAAAGACCGCGGUUAGUGUGACGUCUGUCCUCAAUGUGUUAACCACUGCCAACAGUAGGAGCAGAAAAUUAUUCAUGAAGAUAAAUAAGACCCAUUAGAAUUGUAAUUUCCCAUCAAAAUGUUGCUUUGGUGUUUGGGAACUGCCAGUAAAAGAGGUGUUUUAUUGUCCAUUUGGUUAGAACGGAAAUUCUCCGUCUGCCAUUUUCCCAAACCCACACACCACAGGAGGCUGGUGAGGGCAGAACGUGUGGAAUGGAGUAAGUAAACAAAAGGAUAUCAAACAUGGUUUCCAUGUGUUUGAUAACAUUCCAUCCAUCCCGUCCUCCCCAAUUAAGAUGCCACCUGUGCCACACACACACUGAGCGGCACGGUGUCAACCGCGGUUUAGCGCCUCUGGAUAGAUAUUUUGGGGGUUAAGUGCCUUGUUCAAGGCCACAACAGUAAUGGUAGUCAUUCUUCUGUAUCGCCUGGCCUGGGACUUGAACCAGUAACCUUUCCUAAUCCUUUACUGGUCCACAUCUCUAACCUCUUGCCUACCUACAGUACUGUUAUCUACCGCCUCCCCACGCCCCAAAUAAAUCUGAGAAGCUAUAUGAAUAUGUGUCUCUGCUCUCUCCAGGCCCAGUAGCUCAGAACGGCCACCUGGUGAGGAGGGAGGACUCCAGAGGAUCUCUGUUCAUGGACCCAAGCACUCCAGACAGCUCUGAGGUAAGAGACAGAGUGAGAUUGGUGGAUGGGCCAAUACAAAUAAAAAAGAAAAUAUGGCACCAUAUUCCCUAUAUAGUGCACUACUUUUGACAAGGGCCCAUAGGGCUCUGAGGUGAGACAGACAGACAAAGAGAGCCUGAUAUCAUGUUUUUGUUCCCCGUCAGAUAUUGAUGUUUGGUCAUUUUAGAUCUUUCAUUCAAAAAUAUAACAUCUACGUUUUUUGUUGAAUGCUAAUAGUUAGGAUUUUAUUUAACGGAGGGGAGGGACGGUACUUCCAUGUUUUCUUACUCUGUGGUGUUCCUCCCUGCCACUGUUUUUGACACCAUGUUUUCUUCCUCUAUGGUGUAUUGUCUUCCAGCUCCACCGGCGGGGCUCCACUAUGAGCAGCAGUACUACUCUCCCUCCCAUAGGCAGACUGGGCCACUAUGAGAUCAAAGGACUGCUUCUGUGUUUCCUUCACAUCGUCAGGACCGUCUCAGACGGUCAGUCAGCAACACACUAUUACAUACAGUACCAGUCAAAAAUGUGGACACACCUACUAAUACAAGGGUUUUUCUUUAUUUUUACUAUUAUCUACAUUGUAGAAUAAUAGUGAAGACUUCACAACGAUGAAAUAUCACAUAUGGAAUCAUUUAGUAACCAAAAAAGUGUUAAACAAAUCAAAAUAUAUUUUAUAUUUAAGAUUCUUCAAAGUAGCCAACCUUUGCCUUGAUGACUGCUUUGCACACUCUUGGCAUUCUCUCAACCAGCUUCACCUGGAAUGCUUUUCCAACAGUCUUGAAGGAGUUCCCACAUAUGCUGAGCACUUGAGGAUGCCCAUGAGGAUUACCAGAUGUUCGUGGAGAGACUUGUAACAGAGUGUACAUAUAGAGAGAGUGGAUCUUUGUUCUGGAGUGAGGGGAAUGGUAAAGGCAAAGCUCUGUCCUUCUGUUAUAACUAACCAUGGUACAUAUUAAAUAUAUUAUAUGAACUCCCCAUCAAACGUGUCUAAGUACAUCCUUAAUUCGUAAUCACUUGAUAUCCUAGAAACUCAUCAUAACACAAACCAUCUCAAUUAGGUUGAGGUCGGGUGAUUGUGGAGGCCAGGUCAUCUGAUGCUGCAUUCCAUCACUCUCCUUCUUGGUCAAAUAGCCCUUACACAGCCUGGAGGUCUGUUGGGUUCAUUGUCCUGUUGAAAAACAAAUUAUAGUCCCACUAAGCGCAAACCAGAUGGGAUGGCGUAUCACUGCAGAAUGCUGUGGUAGCCAUGCUGGUUAAGUGUGCCUUGAAUUCUAAAUAAAUCACUGACCGUGUCACCAGCAAAGCACCCCCACACCAUCACACCUCCUCCUCCAUGCUUCACGGUGGGAACCACACAUGCAGAGAUCAUCCGUUCACCUACUCUGCGUCUCACAAAGACACGGCAGUUGGAACCAAAAAUCUCAAAUUUGGACUCUUCAGACCAAAGGACAGAUUUCCACCAGUCUAAUGUUCAUUGCUCGUGUUUCUUGGCCCAAGCAAGUCUCUUCUUCUUAUUGGUGUCCUUUAGUAGUAGUUCCUUUGCAGUAAUUCGACCAUGAAGGCCUGAUUCACGCAGUCUCCUCUGAACAGUUGAUGUUGAGAUGUGUCUGUUACUUCAACUCUGUGAGGUGUAAUCUGAGGUGCAUUUAAUUGCCGAUUUCUGAGGCUGGUAACUCUAAAGAACUUAUCCUCUGCAGCAGUGGUAACUCUGGGUCUUCCUUUCCUGUGGCGGUCCUCAUGAGAGCCAGUUUCAUCAUAGCGAUUGAUGGUUUUAGCGACUGCACUUGAAGAAACUUUCAAAGUUCUUGACAUUUUCCGGAUUAAAUGACCUUCAUGUCUUAAAAUAAUGAUGGACUGUCGUUUCUCUUUGCUUAUUUGAGCUGUUCUUGCCAAUAAUUUGGACAUGGACUUUUUCCAAAUAGGGCUAUCUUCUAUAUACCACCCCUACCUUGUCACAACACAACUGAUUGGCUCAAACGCAUAAGGAAAGAAAUUCCACAAAUUAACUUUUAACAAGGCACACCUGUUAAUUGAAAUGCAUUCCAGGUGACUACAUCAUGAAGCUGGUUGAGAGAAUGUCAAGAGUGUGCAAAGCUGUCAUCAAGGCCAAGGGUGGCUAUUUGAAGAAUCUCAAAUAUAAAAUAAAUUUUGAUUUGUUGAAACACCUUUUUUGUUACUACAUGAUUCCAUAUGUGUUAUUUCAUAGUUUUGAUGUCUUCACUAUUAUUCUACAAUGUAGAAAAUUGUAAAAAAUAAAGAAAAACCUUGGAAUGAGUAGGUGUAUCCAAACCUUUGACUGGUACUGUACAUGUAGAACAUAUACCAGGGUUAAGGUCAAUUCCAGUUCAAUUCCAGUCAUUUCAGAAAGUUAACCAAAUUCCAAUUCCAAAUGUUCCUCGUUAAAAAGCAUUGAAGAGAAUUGGAAUUGGAAUUUCAGUGUACUUCCUGAAUUUACUAGAAUUUAAAUUAAAUUGACCCCAACCCUGACACAUACUGUAUUGUGUACAAUACGUUACAGUAUCUCUAUGGUCAGCACCACACAGUCACUUCUCUCUAUUUUACUGUGUACUGUAGAUCUCUACCUAAAAUGGUUUGAUGAUACAUACCUAGAUACUGAAUGAAUGCACUGUAUAUCCUAUGUUGUGUAUAUUUUACCUAUAUUAUACCUCUUCUAUUAUUAUGCCAUGUUUUCAAACAUUUUCAUUGGCCUCAUCUGUGGAAUUUCUGACUGCUGUGCCGUUUUAGCAGACAUCGGUGUGCUACUUAGUGUGCUACUUUCGGCCAGGGCCUGUUCAAAAGUAGUACACUACAAAGGGAAUAUGGUGUCAUUUGGGACGCAGGCCUGAUCAUUGUGUAAUCAUCUGGGUGUUGGCCUGUUACAGAAGUUGUCUCAGGGUCAGUCACUUUCCUGUUGUGUCUCUGUCUCUAGACACCUUGCUGGCCUACUGGAACAAGGUCAACCCUCAGGACAUCAUCAACUUCCUCAGUCUGCUGGAGUGAGUACACACAGCAUCUGGGUGGAUGCAAGAUCGCAAUAGAAUAGGUUCUGUUCUAGUUAGUCUACUGGAGUGAGUACAGAGAGCAUCUGUGUGGAUGCUGGACUAGAAUAUAAUAGGUUAUAUUCUCCUAGGUGGAUUUGAUGGAACACAAGUAUUUUUCUACACCCGCAAUAACAUCUGCUAAAUAUGUGUAACGGUCCAAUACAAUUUGAUUUGAUUUGGAAUUGCAGUCUUGUGAGUAUUUGGCGUUCAUUUGAACUCCAACCUGACUAUCCAUAAUGCUCUGUUGGGUUGUUGACACAUACCUAAGGGUUUUCGUUCUCAUCUCAUCACUGAACCAGUUUUACUCCCUUACCUUUUCCUCUGUCAUACUAAGUGCUACUGUAACCAAAACAGUCACUUAUCAAGUGAUUGAUGUUGUUGUCCUAUUUGCACACCACUUAGUCAACUAAAUACAAGACUACUAUUUAAGCAAUAAGGCCCAAGGGGGUGUGGUAUAUGGCCAAUAUAACACGGCUAAGGGCUGUUCUUAAGCACGACGCAACGCGGAGUAAGCACGACGCAACGCGGAGUGCCUGGAUACAGCCCCUAGCCGUGGUAUAUUGGCCAAAUACCACAAACAACAGAGGUGGGUUUUGCUAUUAUAAACUGGUUACCAAUGUAAUUAGAGCAGUAAAAAUAAAUGUUUUGUCAUACCCGUGGUAUACGGUCUGAUAUACCAUGGCUGUCAGCCAAUCAGCAUUCAGGGCUCGAACCACCCAGUUUAUAAUUGCAAAUAACAUCUAUGAGCUAAACUGUCGUUAAUCCGCCCCUCCUAAAUCUCUUUCAGGACGUGCCUGGUGCAGUUCCGUUACGUUGGAAAGAGAAACAUUGGCAGGUAGGAUGAUGUUUGGAUUCUGUACAGCACUAAAAGGUAGGACUACUAAGUUCGUCCUAAACAGGUACAUGGUACGUGUGUCUCUGUGUGUAUUUGUAUGAGAUGCAUGCUUGGAUGUCCAACCUAAGGUUCCUCGCUAGUUCAAUAAAUUAUAUUAUUAUUAUUGUCCCCCACCCAUCUUUAGGCUUGGUUGUCAAAGGUUGUUUUUCUUUUUUGUUACUUGCUGAUAAAUUAUGUUAUUGUCAUUCUUAAUGCACCUCCACUUAUCUUUAGGUGUACGUGUGUUUCUGUGUGUCGAGUUUAUCAGGUUUAGGUUUCCUGCUAGUCCAUUACACGAGUCAUUAACUCCCUAGUUGUCUAGUUUCAGUGUACUGUAUUGUUGUGUCUCUGUUUGUACAUCUGUGUGUGGGAGUCAAGACUACUUCUGUUACAGUGACCUUAUUACCGCCACACUCGCGGUCGCGAGUCAUGAAGGCAGUCAAAUUUCACAUGACCAUUUAGUCACGGUAAUUAGGCUUCUCCAAGCUCUGAUGCUGCUGAUGGUCAUUAGUAGCCUACCAAACUCACUAACUGCCUGGUACUCAGCACUCUAUUGUCCCUCCAAUCACUCUGACAUCAAUGCAAAUUUAAUCGAAAAUCUUAUCAAACAAAUCAUGAGAGCCCAUGAGCUCAUGUUGCAAAACAUUUCUAUAGGCUAUGCAAUUGCGUGCGAAAACAGAGUGAUGGCCUCUAAUAAAAAUAAGAGGAUCCCAUCAGCUUUCUAUAGGCUAGGCCUACUAUAUCUAUUUCUCAACUUUCCUAAUAUUUACAUUUGACAUUUUAGUCAUUUAGCAGACGCUCUUAUCCAGAGCGACUUAGAGUUAGUGCAUACAUUUUCAUAUUUAAAGAGGUAGGAGUAUAGCCUACCUGGCUGGCAUGAAAAUGAACCACGGGAAAAACGUCCUCCAUUCGUUAUUUAAGUGCAUAGAUUACAUAUAUAUUUUUCCCCUGCCCCUGUUUUGAAACAGGUGCAUGAUAAUGGUCCAUUCUAAAUCAAAACAAAUUUCACACAUAUAUUAUUUAGCAUAUGUAAAGACAAGAUUAAAUCAAGAAUAGUCUGAUGGGUGACAAUAUUAGCCUAUCACUUGUGAAUGAUAUAUUAUCACUUGUGAGUGAUGCCCAGCGUAAGGCAAGAAAUGCCUUUUUUUGUGUGACUUUUUUAAAAUCAUAGUCACACAACUCAUGUAGCCUAGUCCAUAGGCCUAUAUGUUUUAAUAAGGUUUGUAUCACAACUAAAGUGGCCAAAUAACUUCUUAAAAUGAUGCACAUUAAUCAACUUUACAAGGGGUGUGUAGAGCCUAACUGGCAUACAUAAGCAGCACGUGAGUUUCAAGUUUGGGGAAGAUAAUUUUCACCAUAAAAAUGCACCUUUAUAAUAAAAGCAUUACAUGCAUAAUCGAAUUUGCAGUCACUUUUGUUAAUGGUGUUUUCCCACUAAUGGAACAUUUGCACUUGUAGCCUACUGCCGUGUGCGCAUUGCUGCGCUUAUAAUUUGAAGAAAUAGCCUAAUAGUUUAUCAACAUUUUAAGCUAAACGUUCUGAUCUGUUGCGUCAGCCUCAUUGCGUAAAAAAGUGUUUUUGAUGCUAGUGGUUGUAUUAAUUUGGGAUCUAUCGCAUCCCACAACUGUCCCAGAGUAUGUUUGGAAUAUUUAUUUCUCGCACAGAACCAAUAGAAUAGGUGAACUUUUGUACUAUGGGGGAUAGUAAAUUGACAUAGGCUAGUGCUUUUGCUGUUCGUUAGGCCUACUCAUCUUGUUGGCUGAUGAAAAGUAAAUGUGGUCAGUUCUUCCAAGACCCAAUCACGUGAUGGAGAGCCAUGUGAGUGAGAGGUGCUUCGGAGCACGCAGCGCUCAAGGAGAAGGGAAUUAUAAUUAUUAUAUUCAGCCAGAGGGCACAACGGCCACUGGCUGCAAAAGGCAUGGAUUUUUUUAGGGGGCAUUAAGGCCACACAAAGGGGAUGCCGCCGGGAAAUUCAAGGCAUUAUCAAGUGCUUGUCAAAUUGUGAAUGAGAGACUGAUGAAGUGUGUACAGCCUGCGCAAAAAACUAAGCAGAGCUCAUGUCUUUCAUGCUACUUUUUUCAAAUCAUCAUUAGAGUUGCAUGAUGCAUGAAUUGAAAAUCAAAACAUAUAACCCAACAUUUGUAGAACAACUAAAGUUACAUUAGUAACUCUAAAUUAGUCAUAUAGGAGUACCUAUUUCUUUGUUAACCGCUCAACACAGAAUAGCCGCAUGUGUGCACUCCCUCAAAUCGUUUGGAGAAAAUAUCCUUUCUAUGUUAUUCAGCUUUGUUAAAUUGUAUUCUUCAUACUAUAUAAUAAUAUAAAAUAAUGCCACGGAAUUCUAAGCAAAUCUUGUCUGCUAAGUGAACUAGUGUAGCCCACAGCCAUAUGGCAUAGCCAGAUCAGGACCUAACAUACGGACAACUCAGAGUAUGCUAUUCUGUUCUUCUGAAAUAAACUACAUUUUCUUUAUAUACCGCCACAGCCCUAGUCAAGACACCUGGGUGUUCCCUGCCAAUACCAUAUAUCAUAGUCAUUGUCUCUCUCCACCCAUCUUAUAGUAACGUUGUGUGUGUGUGUGUGCGCGUGCGUGCGUGUCGGCGGUGUGUCUGCAUGCGUGUGUGUGUAGGAGUCAAGAUGCCUGGGUAUCCAAGCUGUUCUCUUCAGACAGGAAGUCCCAGACAAUGCCUGUGAUGCGCUGCAGAGCCGGCCUAAUGCAGAGCAGGCUACAGCAGUUCAGCACCAUGGAUACUUCUCUCACACUCAACAUAGGUACAUGAAUAUGAUGCUAUCCCUUCCUCUUCCCACUUCCCUCGCUCACACUGUAAGUUUGCACAUGUAUUAUACUCACUGCUUGAACCAGAAUCUGGGCUUACAAAGGAUCCAUUGAAUAUGUUGAUUCUCCUUUAAGCUUGCCAUUCACCAGCUUUUCAAGCUUAAUAAUGUCAAAAUACGUUCGGUACUUACCAAAGAAUGGAGUUUCGCUGAGCAACUAUGUCAUUACUGCCGUUCCAGCUGGUAUGUACUUCCAUAAAAGGUCUAAAUCAAAAGUUACAUGCAACUGAAAAAAUGCCUUGUCUGGAAAGAAUCGUAAGGGUGUUUAUUUUAGCAAGUGUGCAUGCGCACCUCUUCUGCACCUCCUGCAAUAUUAGUAAUGUAAUUAAAAUACACUAAAUAAAGCCUAUCUAGAAAUAUACAAUCACUGUAAAAAAUAUAUUGUCUACUUAAUCUACGUACAUUAAAUAUGAUUGCAGUUUGUGUAACGGGUGAAACAACAUAUUGAUAUGACGUUCAUACACUGUUGUAGGUGAUCAAAUCAAUGACCUUUCCUGCUGCUGGAUUGUUGUUGUUGGCGCGUGCACAUAAAAAAGACAAGGCAUUUUUUCGGUUGCAUGUAACUUUUUAUUUAAACCUUUUUUGGAACUACAUACCGAGCGGAACGGCAGUAAUGAUGAUAGUUACUCAGCGAAAACUCCAUUCAUUGGUGAGUACCGAACGUAUUUUGACAUUAUUAAGCUUGAAAAGCUGAUAAAUGGCAAGUUGAAUGGCUGCUUCCUGGGCUUAAAGGAGAAUCGCCAUAUUCAACGUCUCUUGUAAACCCAGAUUGUGGUUCACUCACUGCUAUAGCUUGACUAUCACCCCUCCAAAACAAAUGCUAUAGGUUUACAUAAUAUAAUUUAGUCGCAUAAUGAUAUUCACUAUCCACUGCCUUCUCUUACACUCUUAUUUAGGGUUAGGGUUAACCCUAACCCAUUUUGAUACAGAGCCAUCCCAAUAUUCCACUGUAGUAUAGCCCGUAGAUGUCCUCUGACUCACUCUCUCUCCUCCCUGGUGUAUGGUCCCAGGGGCUGGUCCGUCGGAGACAGAGGUCCACCACCAGGCUCUUUUGGAGGGUAAUAUCUCUACCGAGGCCUGCCUCAGUGUACUGGACAUCCUCUCACUCUUCACUCAGUGCUUCAAGGUCAGUACUAGACCUCUUUACUGACCAAAAACAAUUAUAGUUAUGGACUAGUUCAAAUUCAAAUGAUGUUAGCAUUAGAUUAUGUGAAUGAUUGGUUUGUAUUUGAAAACUAUAUAGAUUUUUUUGCAUGGAUCCAUUGACUGACUGAUUGAUUGUCCUCAGAACCAGCUGCUGGACAGCGACGGCCACAACCCCCUGAUGAAGAAGGUUUUUGACAUCUAUCUGAACUUUCUGAAAGUCGGCCAAUCAGAGGCUGCCCUCAAACACGUCUUCGCCUCCCUCAGGGCUUUCAUCAACAAGGUGGAACAAAAUGACUCAUAACUUUAAAGGCAGGAGAUAACAUAAGUAAUGAGGUGGUUAAUAGAUGGAAUAUAGGCCCAGGUUCUCAAAUUGCAGUCUCGUUGAUUAUGGAUUAAAUAUGGAUUUCUGGUAUGGCUUAUUACAUACUUGUUUUAAUGUACUUCAUUACUACAUACAAUGUAUACUGUAUAUAAAUACUGAAUAUUGAUAUUAUUACCAAAAUACUGCUUGCCUCGUAAAGUUGGUAUUUUGUUGUUGUCAGUUCCCAGCGGCGUUGUUCAAGGGUCGCGUGACUCUGUGUGCGGCUCUGUGCUACGAGGUUCUGAAGUGCUGUGUGUCUAAGAUGGGUCUGCUGCGGGCCGAGGCCUCCGCUCUGCUCUACCUGCUGAUGAGGAACAACUAUGAGUACACCAAGAGGAAGACCUUCCUACGCACUCACCUACAGGUCAGAUACAACAUCCCCCUGAACGGCAAGAAACUGCCAGCUGUCAUUGAUUGUUUAGUCAACUGCACAAUGCAAUGCUGAUUCUGUUAUUGUAUCAUCAGCAGUCCAUCACUGUUAAUGUUAUGUAAUUAAAGAACUUCAACUAAACACUAUCCCCAACCCAUCCACCACCAUUAUGCUCAUUAGUCCUCGCUGUGCAGUUUCAACUAGUAAUCAUGCACAAACUCCACUCACACAAAUAUAUUUAAUGUUCAUACAAAAAUGAACAGUUAGUAGGAAAGGCUAUGGAACAGAUGGAAACUGUUGAAGUCCAUGCAGAUUUGACAUCACAGCACUGACAUUGCUCUGAUAAUCUGGCCAAAGAAUGUGAAUUAAAGUUCGAAUACAGACCGCCUGCUUAGUUUCCCAACCUCCACUAACAAUCGGUUAUGUGUCAGAAACCUACUCCAUGCUUUCACAAGGCAUCAUGGGACUCAUAUCUACUACAUGAUCCAUGGUGAAGAUAGUCACACAUUCCAAUUUCCAUUGUAAGUAUUUGUGUUGAUGGGGGUGUUGUUUUCACAUCUGUUCACCUUUCCACUUUUCCUACUUCCUGGUCCAGAUCAUCAUCGCGGUGAGCCAGCUGAUCUCAGACGUGGCGCUGACCGGCAGCUCCCGCUUCCAAGAGUCCCUCUCCAUCAUCAACAACUUUGCCAACAGCGACAAAGCAAUGAAGGUAACAAUUAGGAAAAGCUUGGAAUGUACACUGCUCAAAAAAAUAAAGGGAACACUAAAAUAACACAUCCUAGAUCUGAAUGAAUGAAAUAAUCUUAUUAAAUACCUUUUUCUUUACAUAGUUGAAUGUGCUGACAACAAAAUCACACAAAAAUUAUCAAUGGAAAUCAAAUUUAUCAACCCAUGGAGGUCUGGAUUUGGAGUCACCCUCAAAAUUAAAGUGGAAAACCACACUACAGGCUGAUCCAACUUUGAUGUAAUGUCCUUAAAACAAGUCAAAAUGAGGCUCAGUAGUGUGUGUGGCCUCCACGUGCCUGUAUGACCUCCCUACAACGCCUGGGCAUGCUCCUGAUGAGGUGGCGGAUGGUCUCCUGAGGGAUCUCCUCCCAGACCUGGACUAAAGCAUCCGCCAACUCCUGGACAGUCUGUGGUGCAACGUGGCAUUGGUGGAUGGAGCGAGACAUGAUGUCCCAGAUGUGCUCAAUUGGAUUCAGGUCUGGGGAACGGGCGGGCCAGUCCAUAGCAUCAAUGCCUUCCUCUUGCAGGAACUGCUGACACACUCCAGCCACAUGAGGUCUAGAAUUGUCUUGCAUUAGGAGGAACCCAGGGCCAACCGCACCAGCAUAUGGUCUCACAAGGGGUCUGAGGAUCUCAUCUCGGUACCUAAUGGCAGUCAGGCUACCUCUGGCGAGCACAUGGAGGGCUGUGCGGCCCCCCAAAGAAAUGCCACCCCACACCAUGACUGACCCACCGCCAAACCGGUCAUGCUGGAGGAUGUUGCAGGCAGCAGAACGUUCUCCACGGCGUCUCCAGACUCUGUCACGUCUGUCACGUGCUCAGUGUGAACCUGCUUUCAUCUGUGAAGAGCACAGGGCGCCAGUGGCGAAUUUGCCAAUCUUGGUGUUCUCUGGCAAAUGCCAAACGUCCUGCACAGUGUUGGGCUGUAAGCACAACCCCCACCUGUGGACGUCGGGCCCUCAUACCACCCUCAUGGAGUCUGUUUCUGACCGUUUGAGCAGACACAUGCACAUUUGUGGCCUGCUGGAGGUCAUUUUGCAGGGCUCUGGCAUCAGCCAGGAAGCAUAGGAACUGAGAAGUGGUCUGUGGUCACCACCUGCAAAACCAGUCCUUUAUUGGGGGUGUCGUGCCAAUUGCCUAUAAUUUCCACCUGUUGUCUAUUCCAUUUGCACAACAGCAUGUGAAAUGUAUUGUCAAUCAGUGUUGCUUCCUAAGUGGACAGUUUGAUUUCACAGAAGUGUGAUUGACUUGGAGAUACAUUGUGUUGUUUAAGUGUUCCCUUAAUUUUUUUGAGCAGUGUAUAUUUGUCAUACAGUGAGGGAAAAAAGUAUUUGAUCCCCUGCUGAUUUUGUACGUUUGCCCACUGACAAAGACAUGAUCAGUCUAUAAUUUUAAUGGUAGGUUUAUUUGAACAGUGAGAGACAGAAUAACAACAAAAAAAUCCAGAAAGACGCAUGUCAAAAAUGUUAUAAAUUGAUUUGCAUUUUAAUGAGGGAAAUAAGUAUUUGACCCCUCUGCAAAACAUGACUUAGUACUUGGUGGCAAAGCCCUUGUUGGCAAUCACAGAGGUCAGACAGUUCUUGUAGUUGGCCACCAGGUUUGCACACAUCUCAGGAGGGAUUUUAUCCCACUCCUCUUUGCAGAUCUUCUCCAAGUCAUUAAGGUUUCAAGCCUGACAUUUGGCAACUCGAACCUUCAGCUCCCUCCACAGAUUUUCUAUGGGAUUACGGCCUGGAGACUGGCUAGGCCACUCCAGGAUCUUAAUGUGCUUCUUCUUGAGCCACUCCUUUGUUGCCUUGGCCGUGUGUUUUGGGUCAUUGUCAUGCUGGAAUACCCAUCCAUGACCCAUUUUCAAUGCCCUGGCUGAGGGAAGGGGGUUCUCACCCAAGAUUUGACGGUACAUGGCCCCGUCCAUCGUCCCUUUGAUGCGGUGAAGUUGUCCAGUCCCCUUAGCAGAAAAACACCCCCAAAGCAUAAUGUUUCCACCUCCAUGUUUGACGGUGGGGAUGGUGUUCUUGGGGUCAUAGGCAGCAUUCCUCCUCCUCCAAACACGGCGAGUUGAGUUGAUGCCAAAGAGCUCGAUUUUGGUCUCAUCUGACCACAACACUUUCACCCAGUUCUCCUCUGAAUCAUUCAGAUGAUUGGCAAACUUCAGACGGGCCUGUAUAUGUACUUUCUUGAGCAGGGGGACCUUGCGGACGCUGCAGGAUUUCAGUCCUUCACGGCGUAGUGUGUUACCAAUUGUUUUCUUGGUGACUAUGGUCCCAGCUGCCUUGAGAUCAUUGACAAGAUCCUCCCGUGUAGUUCUGGGCUGAUUCCUCACUGUUCUCAUGAUCAUUGCAAUUCCACGAGGUAAGAUCUUGCAUGGAGCCCCAGGCUGAGGGAGAUUGACAGUUCUUUUGUGUUUCUUCCAUUUGCGAAUAAUCGCACCAACUGUUGUCACCUUCUCACCAAGCUGCUUGGCGAUGGUCUUGUAGCCCAUUCCAGCCUUGUGUAGGUCUACAAUCUUGUCCUUGACAUCCUUGGAGAGCUCUUUGUUCUUGGCCAUGGUAGAGAGUUUGGAAUCUGAUUGAUUGAUUGCUUCUGUGGACAGGUGUCUUUUAUACAGGUAACAAGCUGAGAUUAGGAGCACUCCCUUUAAGAGUGCUCUUAAUCUCAGCUCGUUACCUGUAUAAAAGACUCCUGGGAGCCAGACAUCUUUCUGAUUGAGAGGGGGUCAAAUACUUAUUUCCCUCAUUAAAAUGCAAAUGAAUUUCUAACAUUUUUGACAUGCGUUCUUCUGGAUUUUGUUGUUGUUAUUCUGUCUCUCACUGUUCAAAUAAACCUACCAUUAAAAUUAUAGACUGAUAAUUUCUUUGUCAGUGGGCAAACGUACAAAAUAAGCAGGGGAUCUAAUACUUUUUUCCCUCACUGUAGGUGGUUAUGACUUGUGUUAGCUCCCAGGGUUACGUAAUUGCUUGGCUUUAUCUCGUAAGGCCAACACGGUCUUGAGUCUCCAUCAACAACAGCAACAACAGUCACAAAACCAUUAAGGUAACCCUACAAUAGAAUAUUAUAAUAUGUAAGCAGAGGUCUGCUUUAGGCCCUUUCUAACCACCAGACCUAUGUGCAAAUACAGUUUGUUUUCCUUCGGACUGUGGUGAGUCGGACUGUGGUGAGUCGGACUGUGGUGAGUCGGACUGUGGUGAGUCGGACUGUGGGGGUUUUAUCCCCUCAGGUCUGUUGUUCGCCCAGUACAUACUGUACCUCUUCCAUCAUUUUCAUUUAACAACAACUAUUUCUCCAACAGUGACAAAGCAGCUGUGUGA